AAGUUACACGUGACUGCAUGGAAUGUCUGCCGGCAGAGGGAGAAAACUUUAAAAGUGCUGCUGCAACUGCUGCCGCUACUUUGCAAACGCAGAGCGCCUUUCCCAGAAACUUUACGCACAGAAGCGGGAGAAGACCAUGCAGAAGAUUUGGAUCCGAGGCGGGCGAGUUGUGAACGCGGACUGUUCACAAGUUGCGGAUGUGUACGUUGAGGAUGGGAAAAUCAAAGCGGUGGGGUCGCAUCUCCAGCCUCCAUCCCUAGCAGGCGUCCAGGUGAUAGAUGCCUCCAACAAACUGGUUCUGCCCGGCGGGAUUGAUCCUCACACGCACCUGCAGUUCCCCUUCAUGGGCACGCAGUCGAAGGACGACUUCUAUCAAGGGACAAAGGUAAUUAUUGUCUUCGUUAUUAUAACAGUGCCGGAUUUACGUAUAAGCUAAACAAGGUAUAGCUUAGGGCACCACUCUCGUGGGGGCCCCCAAAAAUUUAAAGGAAAAAAACCCUGGAUGUACACUUCCAAAAUAUAAGAUAAAAAACAAAUAAAAUAAAACCUACAUACAGCAACAGUGUUUUGUGUUCCGUAGGCUCCUGUUUGUUACGUGCAAAUGGCUUUAGAUACCUAUUGGAUCCAUAAAUUACCAUAUAGCAUAUAUUCAACACAAAAAACAGCAACAAUUUGUUGUUGACAAAGGACAGCUGGGUGUAUAAAGGGCCCCAUUACUUUCAGUAGCUUAGGGCCUCAUCAAAAUACACUUAACAAUGUUUAUGAAAAAUCAGUUUAAAAGUCUCUCUCUCUGUGUGUGUGUGUGUGUGUGUAUUUGUGUAUUCAAACAAAUCAUCUACAUUAUCAUUUAGGAUUCCCUGAAUCCUUUGACUUCUCUACGCCCUUCCAUGGUUACCAUUAUCAAUCUUUUUUCCCAACUGCUUCCCAUUUCUCUAAUUUUUUAAGAAAACAAUCCGUUUUUGCAAUAGUUUUUCAUACAUUACAAGCAUUACUCAAAUCCUGCCAAAGUUUUUAGCUGUUUACAGUGUUCUCUUAAACACAUUAUAUAAAUUUUCCCAUUCCUUCUAAAAAUUCUUCUCUUCCUGGUUUCUGAUUUUCCCAGUCAACUUCACCUUUUCGGCGUAGUGUGUGUUUAUAAUUUUAUUGCUGUUUUAUUUCCUUGACAUCUGGUGGAUGGGUGUUCCACAGGGCUCUCUAUCUGUUUGCUCACCAUCUUUCUUGGGGUGGUGCAAAAGGAAGAGUAAGGCCCAGCUGUGUGGCCCAAGCAAGCAAAUGAGAGACACCUGUGAGGCAGCCUGCUUGUUCACUUUCCUCCUCUCUGGGGGCUCUUCCAGACUAUCGGUAUACUAGGCCGAAUUCAGUCACGUCCCAGCAAAUUCAUGUUGUUCAAUUAUAGUUGCUUGGUGUGCCCUGCACAACAAACCCACUUCCCAGGAAAGUUUGGGGGAAAGCUUGCUUUGAUGGGACAAUUGUUUAGCCUCUGGAAGCGGAUCAGGAUGAAUGCUCAACAAACAAGAUAAUCUGGAAGUGCCUUCGGUGGCACAGAAUUGAGGAUAUUGCAAAUUCAUAAAAAAAAGUCCUAACAUCCAGAUAUCUCCCUCCGGAAUGGGCUCCUCCUCCUUUCUGUUUAAAAUCUGCCUUUUAGCGACCCAAUGUUUCUUUUCCUCAAAGCCUUCUGUUCCUUAUCUCCAGUACAAAUAACUGGGAUUUGUCCUGAUAUCAACACUUUGAAAGAUCGCUUCCCACAGGUUUACAGGACCUGAUAAAUGUUUGCAUAGAUCUUCUUUCCUGGAAUUUAAUGGCUACGGAUCAGUCAAAUGGAACACACAUUGCCAGUUCUUCACACAACUUUACUGACUGCCCGAGAUCUGUUACACAUUAACAAAUAAUACCUCACUAUUUUAACACCUCUAAUUCUUCAAACAACGGUUAUCCAACAAUAGCUUUUUCUCACACCCCAUGAUUUGCUUGACAUGUCCAGCCUGAAGAUGUGCUGGUGAACUUGAGAGUUAGCUUGGCCUUGCAAGUCAGUUAUUAUUAUUAUUUAUUAAAUUUAUAUACACCCCAGAACGCCCCGGAACUCGUAUGUUUCAGCUCCCAAACAAUUGAAAACCGGAAGUCAGUGUUUCCGUUUUCUAACGUUCUUUUGGAAGCCAAAUGUCCGACAGAGUUUCCUGCAGCCAAUCAGAAGCCACAUUUUGGAAGUAGAACGGACUUCCGGAACGGAUUCUGUUCGACUUCCGAGGUCUUUCAUCCAAAGAUUCAAUUGGUCCUAAACAAGUAUUACUAUACUAAAAAUCUUGUUAGAUUUCUCCCCCAACUGAGUUAAUCAGAUACUUUUAUCACUAUUUGUACUUUUCUGACAAUCCCUCCCCUAACCAAUGUGUGUACAGUGGUACCUCGGGUUAAGUACUUAAUUUGUUCCGGAGGUCCGUUCUUAACAUGAAACUGUUCUUAACCUGAAGUACUACUUUAGCUAAUGGGGCCUCCCACUGCCGCCGCACCGCCGGAGCACGAUUUGUGGUCUCAUCCUGAAGCAAAGUUCUUAACCCGAGGUAAUAUUUUUGGGUUAGCGGAGUCUGUAACCUGAAGUGUAUGUAACCUGAAGCGUAUGUAACCCGAGGUACUACUAUAUAUCAGAACAUGAGAACAGCUCUGCUAGAUCAGGCCAGUGGCCACCUAGUUCAGUUUCCUCUUCCCCAAUACUUGUGGCAGACCUGUGGGAAACCCUCAAGGAGGACCCCAACACAAGAGCGCUUUCAUCUCCUGUGGUUUUCGGCAACCAGUAUUCAGAAGCGUUACUGCCUCCCAAUGCAGAUGCCAAGCCUAGCAUCAUGGCUAGUAGCUGUUGAUAGCCUUAUUGUCCCCAAGUUUGUUUUAAAGCCUUCCAAGUUGGUGACAGUCACUGCGAGUCCCACAGUUUAACUACGUGCUGCGUGAAGAACUUCUUCCUUUUAUUGUCCUAAACCUUCCAACACUCAGCUUCACUGGAUGACUCUGAGUUCUAGUGUUACAAGACAGAGAGAAAAACUGUUCUUUGCUCAUUUCCUCCAAGCUUUCCAUGCUUCAAAGCUGAAAUUGUCUGCAUACUGCACUACAGGUGCUUAGAAACUUUCUCUGGCAUCCUUGCACAGUCUGUUUUGGCUCAACGUGAACCUUGAGCUAUAUUUAAAGAGGUGAUCUAGAACUGAAAAGCCUCGAUCCAUAGUAGUGUUGCGUGUGCGUGUCCCCAACAGGGACUCCACGCUUCUAAUUCCUGAGUGAUGGACAGAAAUUGAACAGCUGCAGCCUUUCCAGGAGUAGUGAUAACAGUAAUGCAAAGAGCUGCACCUGUUCAGCUUCUGUUUCUCAGGCAGCUGUUAAGGGCAUCAAGAUGCUGUCAUCAAAUAAGAAAGCAAGCUGUCUAGCCUAAUCCAGAGAAGCAUGUUGGAAAGCACUUUUAAAAAACUGUAGUUCUCUCCCCACUUUUUUUUUUUUUGUUUUGUUUUGAAUGACACACUCUCUGUAUCACCAAAGCAGCUGCUUUCAAAGGCCAUUUAAGAGGCCUGCAGUUUGGGGGCCAGUCUGUGCCUGGGGGCCAGUCCGUGUCUGUCCUGUGGCUAUAUAUUGAACCAGAGAUUGUGUAAUUUAAUUGCUGAGGACCAAAGUCCAUAUGACAUUUGACCCGGAUGCAUUUUUCUUUGUUUCAUAACGCUAGAAUUUGUGGGCAUCCAAUGAAACGGAAUGCCGGAGGAUUCUGGACAGAUAAAAGAAAGUAUUUCUUCACACAGAGCAUAGUUAACCUAUGGAACUCACUGCCACAGGAGAACCUUUAAAAGAGGUUCAGACAAAUUCAGGGAGGAUAAAGCUAUGCUGGAAACCACAGGAGGGGAGAGUGCGCUUGUGCUUGGAUCCUGCUUCUUCUUGGCCACUGUGAGAACAGAUGAGCCACUGGCCUGACCCAGCAGGCUCUUAUUACAUUCUAAUUCAGUUGCCUUGCUUGGAUGUGCAGGAGGCUGCAGUCUUGAGUAGCAGAUCUCAGCAGCAGCACCAGCAGCACCGCUUCCAUUUUCAUUCCCACCAGUGCCCAAAAAGAAAAAGGAAAUUUCAAUUAGAGAAAAUGAAAGCCUCACAGUUGAUGUUGGCAAUAGCUCAGUUGGUUAGAGCAUGGUGCUGAUGAUGCCAAGGUUGCAGGUUCAAUCCCCAUAUGGUACAGCUGCAUAUUACUGCUGUUGCAGGGUGUUGGAUGAGAAUCAGCACUUAUGAUUCUAUCCUAAUUUAAACAUACAUAAUAAUAUUAGGCAGUCCACCUAGUUGUUUAAACAAGAGCAGUGGCUAUCAGGCAUGCACUGAAACAUAGAAAAGGCACUGAGUAGCAGAAGGUGGCUGUUUGUCCUUCCAGCCUUGCUAUUUGCCACCACAAGGGCUCUCACAAUCCACUUUUGUUCAUCAGUGCCCUUGAUACAGCAUGGCUGUGCUUAGAAAUUAAAAUGACCGAUCUCAUCCAGCCAGUGCAGCUGCUAUCAGCCCCACUAGGAACAUAGGCAGCUCCCUUAUGCAAACCCACUGGAACAUCUUGCUCACUGAUUGGCAGCAGCCCUCCAGGGUUUCAGGCUAGGAAUCUUUUGUCAGUUCUACCUGGAGAUGCCGGGGAUUGAACCUGGAACCUUCUGCAUGCAAAGCAGAUGUUUGAUCAAUGACCCUUCUACCAUAGCUGUUAACUUUCAGAUUUGAAAAUAAGGAAUCAGCAGCCUUGAAAAUAAGGGAUCAGCAGCCUCACCUGUCCCGGGGACAGUCUACGGGAUAUCUAACAAUCCGGGAUAGCAGCGGGAAGCAGCACUGGAAUAAGGGAAUUUCCCACAAAAAAGGGAAGGUUGACAGCUAUGCCUUCUACAGCCAUUGUUGCCAGGUGAGGCUGCCAGAGCCUACCAAAAGAGGAGGCACCCCAAGCAAAGUGUGUUUGCCUGGGGCCUCCUCAAACCUAGGGCCUGCCCUCAAAAAAUAGACAAGGAACAAGUUCUUAAAUCUUUCUUCGCUUGGCAGUGAGGUGCCGCUGUGGCAGUGGGCACCACAUCGGUGACCCCUGUUGUGUGGCGCUCUCCCUCUUCAGUUUUCCUCUCCUCCUUUGCUUUCCCGUCCCCCACCCCGGAUGAAGCCAAGUGGGUUUUUGAAUUUGCUGUUUUCUGUGCUUUGUCUUGUAUUUUGGUACGGACUUACCUUCCAAUUGAUUUUCUGCACAGGAGAGAGUGGUUAUUAAUUUUUAUUCUGUUGCAAGAAACAGUGUCAGAAUGCUUUGAAUAACUUUUUGAGAGAGUUCAAGGGUCACCAAAGCACUCCAAAAAAUAUUUUAUACUGUAAUUUGUUGGUAUGCCAGCCUUGACAUAUAGGGUAGGAUUGCUGACUUUGCUCUUUUAAACAGAUUGACUGGGAUGGUGAAUUGACCCAAAGUUUUCCAAAGAAACGUAGAUCAAUAAAUUUACUUUGGAUCUCUCUUCCUCUUUAACACACAAACACACAUGCUGGAAGAUUCAUUGCUGCAUAAUGUAAGCCUUUCUAUUAAAGCAUUCCUUUAUUCAUGUCAUUGCUGUAAAUAUGGAAAAUAAUUCGCACAUUUUUUAAAGGAAAGUAGUGUAAGGGGAGCUUGUAUUCAAGAGCAUGGCUCCAAACAGACAUAGACAUCUUAAACUGUGUGAUAUAAUCACAGAACCAAAAGACCUGCUGGAUCAGACUAAAGGUUCACCUAGUUCAGGUUUCGUUUUUGUUUUUUUGCAGUGACCAAUCAAAUUUCUCCAGAAAAGCCUAGAAACAGCCUGAAGGCAAUAGGUAUUCUUAGUCCCCUUCAAACAGUAUUCAAUUAUUUACUGCUUCUUCCCAUGGAGGUUUUGUUUAGCCACUACAGCUAAUAGCUAUUGACAGGUCAACUCUUGUUUUAAAAGUGUGCAAUGAGUGGCCGCCAUGCCUUCUGAUAGUGAGUCUGUGUAUGCAAAGGAGCUGGCCCAAUGGCCCAAGCAGAGCAAGCUGUCACUUGGAGCAAGGGAGUUUUCUAUGGGAGCAAAGCAAGCAGCCCCAUGUCUUGAACUAUCCCUGCAGGUCCCAGCAGGAAUGUAACUGCAGCAGAAGUUUAGCAAGGAAAAAGGAUGCCAUGGAAUUCCAUCAGUGAGUCUUAACCUUAAGCAGUGCACCUGCCUUAUGCACCUGGCAUACACUGGCCUUGAUUGCAUAGGCCAACAGCAGAGAUCUAGGGCUUUCCCCCACUUUGCUUGUCCUGUCCCUGGAAAGUGCAGGUCUGAGUGGUUUUCCAUUGCCUGAGCAGUUUUGCCUUUUCCCCACUGCUUUUCCUUCGGAAAACCCGUUCCUUAGCACUAAAUUAUAGCAGACAUCAAUCUGGGAAAAACUAAGUUGACGUUUGCUCUGAUUCCACAGUUAAAGACUGGGUUUCCUCGGAGUGUGUGGGGAGCGGUGGGACAAGCAAAAGUAUGGAUGAGUCCCUAUAUGAUUUUAUUUUGAAGCAGGGGCUUGGAUUAGAUUGCUUUUUGCAUCUCUUUCAAGUCACUGAAGCUAUAGAAAGAAUGGAGCAGCUCUGGGCUUUCCUGAUCCUGCUUCCAUGAUCUCAUCCAAGAGGUGAGCAAUAUCCAUGGGAAAGCAUCUAAAUUUGGGGGAGAUGAGGGGAAUGGGAGAUGGCAGGUUUUGUAUAUUGCAAUGUAGGUCUUCCCACCUGCAUGCAGGUGCUUCUGUGUACAGGUCCCUUCAGUAUUCCUUACCAUUAGUCAUGGGGAGCUGAGACACCCCUUCUCACACAGAUGCAUGUAGGCUUGAGUAGGCCUAAUAUAUUGGGCAUUGAGAAAUCACUCUGUGACAUUUGGAUAAGGUAGAGCCACUAACCUUUAAAGUCAACAGUUCAUCUAAAAUCAAAUAAGGUUUGACAUUAAAAUAAACAACAAGGAACCCCACUGUUAGCAGAGUUAGUAAAACAUCUGCCAGCUGGCAAAGAUAUUCCAGGGUCAGCGAAAGUUUGACAUAAGUUACACAAAGGAGCAAAUCCACUGUCCACUAAUGUGUGCUUACAUAAAUAGUAUAUUUGUGUAGCUGCGCUGCCUAUAGAUUUCAUGGCGAACUGUGAGGCAAAUUAAGCCCUUGUAGAGGCCAUGGGUGAGGGCUUCUGCUGAUUUUUUUGGGGUGUGGUUUAUGCAAAAAAAUAUGGGAUGUGGGUGGAGCUGUGGUCUGAACCACAGAGCCUAGGGCUUGCCGAUCAGAAGGUUAGUGGUUCAAAUCCCUGCAACAGGGUGAGCUCCCGUUGCUCGGUCCUUGCUCCUGCCAACCUAGCAGUUCGAAAGCACGAAGUGCAAGUAGAUAAAUAGGUACCGCUCCGGCGGGAAGGUAAACAGUGUUUCCGUGCGCUGCUCUGGUUCGCCAGAAGCGGCUUAGUCAUUCUGGCCACAUGACCCGGAAGCUGUCUGCAGACAAACGCCGACUCCCUCUGCCAGUAAAGCGAGAUGAGCGCUGCAAUCCCAGAGUCGUCCACGACUGGACUUAACGGUCAGGGGUCCCUUUACCUUUAUGCAAACAAAUUAAAAGCAAAUAGGAAUGAACAAGGUGCACUAAACAAAACGAAACAUGGACAAAAUUGUCUACCCACAAACUCUGGGAUUACAACAAAAACAAGAGAAUUGUUAGAGCUUUCUACCUACACACACACACACACACACACACACACACACACACACUCACACUCAACCCCCCCCUCCAUCUCCAUCCAGGCAAGCAAGAAGCAUUAUCACAGUUCAAGUUCACAUUUCACAUACUUUAGAAGGAUAUGGAAUGAUGUGGUCUAGCAAGAGUCUCAAGAGCUGGGUGUCUACCCCACUGGCGGAGGAACAGGGGUGCGGGCGGAGUGCAUCGCCCCUGACAGCACGAUCCCGGUGGGGUGCCAUCGUGGCUGCCCUCCCUCGUGCUGGGCGUCAUGCCCCUGUGGGUGGCCAGCCAUGCCCCCGCCUGCUCUCCGCCCCCGAUGGAGCUUGAAGCUCCGCCACUGGUCUACCCCUGACCUGCUGCUGCCUUAAAUCAUGUUAGCAUCUCUAUUAAUUAAACCCCUUACAUAACAGUACAGUACACUAUGAAAUAUAUGUCAUGAUUCCUUGUGCCAUUAUAUGGCAUGAUAUGUAUACAUGCACAUACACACAUUUAUACACACACGGACACAUAUGCAAAUUUAUAUAAAUGCAAAUCAAUUUGCAAGAGUUGCAAAGCAGUAACCAAAUUAGGAAGGAUUUAGGCUCUUUAAGGGACCAUGAUAUUUUCCCUAAACUGGCCCAUCAUUAAAGAAAACCCGAGAAAACGAGGCUAUAUCUUGUUGCGGCCAUACACAGUGAAGAGAUUGCCGUUGUGGUCACCCACUUCACUGCACAAGCAGAAGUUCUAAGGGUACAUCGCUCUCCUGGGUUUAGUUUCUUUUGGAAGGAGGACGCUUGAGGCUUAUGGCAUUUUCUAAUGGUAGAUUUUGUUUACAAAUGUACAGGUGGAACAUAAGUCCAGGUUCAUCUUAGAUCAGGAAAAGCCCACUGUUCCCACUGUGAGCUGGUGUACGCAUUGUACUUUCAAAGCAAUUUGGGAGCACAGUUUUCCCCUCAAAGAUUUCUGCACAGUGUAGUUAACACCCCCCCCCCCCGGUUAAAAUUCCCAGCAACCCUUAACAAACUACAGUACAAGGGAACUGACCCUGUUAAAGGUUGUCCCUGGAAUUUUCUGUUGCUCAAAUAAUGGGGAAAGUGCCAGAAUUUUCUCACAUGUCAUUCUUAAAUCUAAACUAAAAGCAGUAAUAAUAAUAAUAAAUGUAUAUUUUAUGUAAAAAUGUUUACAUAAAAUAAACAUGUAGAUGCAUGUUUUUAUUGUCCUUCUGUGCAUACUUGUAUAUUAAUUGAUUUGCAGCUGAUAUCUGAGUAGCCACACACACUUAGCUCAUUGGUCAAGGAGCAAAUGUCUUGCAAAAACGUUAUAGACCUGCUUUGUCUAUAAAAGUUAUUGUUGCUAUUAUUUAUUAAAUUUGUAUACCGCCUGUCAUCCAAAGAUCACAGGGCAGUUCGCAACGCAAAAAUACAAAAUCGGAUCACAAAAUACAUAGUAAGACAAUAACAAAAAUGUAAAGUUCCAAAGUUUAGGAAAGAGGUUGUUGCAAUUAACAAGGCUAAUUUUAAUCAGUUUGCAGAGUAACAAAAUACUUUAGUGUUCCAUGUUUUGCUCUGGUAAGUGCCGUUCAUUAAAAAUUUUAUUUUAAGGGUCAGUAAUAUUAUUUACAAUAAUUCAGCGAAGAAAUAAAUCUUGUACCAGAAAUGGAAGGAUCCCUGGAAGCUGGUGAAUCCGUUUAGUAGACUUUAGAAUAAGUGAUUUAUUGCUCAAAGUGGCAGAACUGGCAGAUUUGCAGUCUUUGGCCUUUUCCCCAUUGAGUGUUGCCAUGUAAUUUCUUAACAUAUAAACAUCCCCCAGAUUAAUUAUUUAAAAGCAGAGUAAAUAACUAGAAAGGAUCAGAGGGCUCAGUUUCAUAUCACGCCUAUUGCAAAAGUGAAUUUAAUGUUUGCUUUUACUCUAAUAAUUAAAAAGUAUGGCAUAUCUCUGUCUGCAGAUAUAAAUAUAUAUCUCUAACGAGACAUGAUGGGGUUCAAGGGCAGAGAAAGGAUGGAUAUUCCCUGGCAUAUUUCCUUUAAAAUGCUUACAUGCCUCUUUUUUUUUUGAUUGUAUGACAUCAGAGGGCUGGAUUUUGGUAAAUAAAAUCUUGCUGGAAAGCAAAAGGAAAUCAGCAUGAAAAGGUGCAUCAAGACUGAUAACCGAGGCCCACAAACCUUUGCUGACUAAACAUCCAGGAGCUUUUGCGCUAUGCUCAUUUAAGAAUAUUACUUUGAAACACAGAGAAUUUUGGCUAAAAGCUGUAACGGGGGGGGGGGGUGUUGCUUGGUUUUCCAGGAGUAGCAAAGAGUAGCUUUAUGCCUCAACCUUUCCUUACUCUCCCACCCUAAACUGGAGACACAGCCACCCACAACCAAUGGAUGGGUCUAGAACUUUUGUUUGGCCCUGUCAGCCAAGCCCAAAAUUGGAGCCCUUCCACCUGUCAAUUCUGACAGAAAGGCUGUGGGUAUGUGUGCUGUUGACUUUGGGCAGUGGCUUUGAAUGGUCCCCCCAACCCCCUUCUCCCUAGGGCAGCUUCCCCCAGCCCAUUUCUACCCCCAGGUUCAGUUAAGACAGCUGAGUAUUACAGAGGCCCACCAGUCACAAAAUGGUGACAGGUGGAGGCAGAGUUUGGCAGAACCGGUGGCAGUUCCUGACAUCACUUUCUACUGAUACCUAAUCCAUCUCUAGAAAUUGCUGGUUUGCCAUGGCAUUUUCCUGGUGGCGGGGAGCUCCAUAGCUUAGCUUUCCUCAUGCGAAGUUCAGGCAUUUGCUCUGGAGGUCUUGUGACAGCCUUCCCACUCAAUUUGUUGAUUCAGAGGCUCUUAAGUGGAGACAGCUUUUCCUUUUGCCUUUUCCCAUAUCCUAUAUGCCCUAUAGGCCUCAAAGGAUGUUUUUCCCAUCUCCUGUCAUUUCUUCUCUCAUUCUUUCCACACCCAACUUCUACCUUAACCCAGGGUCAUUCAUGCCUCCUCCUUGGUCCUUUCACGUAUUUACUUCUUCCUCUUGUAAUGAUUUCCUCUCUUACCCCAUUUCCUCCCUACUUCCAGUUCAUGUGUGAUUAAUAACAAUACAAUGGUACCUCAGGUUACAUUCGCUUCAGGUUACAGAUUCCGUUAACCCAGAAAUAGUGCUUCAGGUUAAGAACUUUGCUUCAGGAUGAGAACAGAAAUCGUGCUCCGGCGGUGCGGCGGCAGCGGGAGACCCCAUUAGCUAAAGUGGUGCUUCAGGUUAAGAACAGUUUCAGGUUAAGAACAGACCUCCGGAACAAAUUAAGUACUUAACCCGAAGUACCACUGUAUUGAACUUUUAUGCCACAAAAAAAUUCCUUCAGCCCCUCCUGCGGCCUUUUCCCCUUAGAGGAGGGAGGCCUUCCAUCCCUCCUCUCCCCACAAGGCUCUCUGUUCUCCUGACCCUGCCAGUCGCUGGUCCUUGGUCGUGGCACAACAAAAGGUCGUGGCACAACCAGAGGGCAGGGCAGGCAAGUGAGGAGGUGCUGGGUGCAGGAGGUGGUGCUGAGGUCCACUUGAGCAUGGCUCAAAGAUUACUGGUAAGUCCUGGCUCUUAGUUUGAGAAACACUGCCUUAGGCGAUUCAGGCCAUUCCAUUAAGAAAUCAACAGUCCAUGUCACUGGUGUGCAUUAUUCUGCAUUCAUUAACCCUGAGAUUCAUCUGCCAUUGCAGUUCCCUUACUUGAUCUUAGUCCCUUAAAACGCUUUCAGUUCUUUCCCCCCUGAUUAUCAUGCUCUUCACUCUUCACCAGCUGCCCUCGGUAAUUUUGGGGUCGCCUGCAGGUUACGCCAUCUCCACUCCUUUGUUUACGCGAUUGCCCUGCCUCUGGAGAAAUAUAUUUCAUGCCCCUUCAAAUGGGUUCCUCAGCAAGCAUCCCAAGGGGUGUUAGUUUCUAAUGCAACACUGCUCUGUAUUGCAGGUGCCAUAUUUCAAAGUCAUCACUUCCACCUCCAGUAUUGUUCUGCUGAUACACAGAUUUAUUUUUCCAGCUCAGCCGGCACUAGGAAAACGGCCCCUGCUUAAUUGAGUGCCUAAGGUGCUUCUGGCUCCCUUUCCCCACCAUUCUGCAUACCAUCUGCUUGGUGAAGCUCGGCAAUGCUGCAGACUUUUCCAUCAGGAUCAUUGGUGCAGCACAAAACCUCUGGCCUGUACACACCCACACACCCACCCACACACCCACACACACCCCACAUGCAACACAUGCAUGCUCCUGUUUCCAAUGCAUUAUCAUAGAAUCAUAGAAUCAUAGAGUUGGAAGAGACCACAAGGGCCAUUGAGUCCAACCCCCUGCCAAGCAGGAAACACCAUCAGAGCACUCCUGACAUAUGGUUGUCAAGCCUCUGCUUAAAGACCUCCAAAGAAGGAGACUCCACCACACUCCUUGGCAGCAAAUUCCACUGUCGAACAGCUCUUACCUUCAGAAAGUUCUUCCUAACGUUUAGGUGGAAUCUUCUUUCUUGUAGUUUGGAUCCAUUGCUCCGUGUCGCCGAUAGUUCUUUGGUGAAGUACACUUCAGGUUAGGUUCCUGUUUGCUGCAACUAAAGCCACAUAUUUGCACUCUAAGAUCCAUUCAUUUGCAGCUAUGUUUGUUAAGAAGAAGCAGUAGCCUGGAAACCAGAGCCAGCAUCGCAGAACUAGCUGCAUGGCCGAAUUAGUACAGGACCUUUUUAAAUAAGUGUUUCUUUAUUGAAAGUUUUUGGCAUAAAAUACAAUAAAAAUCAAACUGGUCUAAAUAACAAAAAGUAAUAAGGGAAACUAAGGAAUGAGAAGAAAGGAGAGGACCUUUCUACCCUGCCAUUCCUGCAGGGACCACCUUUCUCCCAACUAUCCCCUUCCUGUGUAUGUCUUCCUCAGUUCAAGAUAAAGGACUUCUAACAGAGAAAAUAGAAUAAAUAAAAUAAAAUAGAGGUACUUCUGCCUCUCUGUCUGUCAAUUAUAUGUAUUCCAAUUAUUCAAAGUAUUUAACAUAUGCACUCCUGUAGUUAAUACCCAGCUUUUGUAUCCCCCCCCAUUCUGCAAGAUGGCAUUUCCCCAAACUCCCCUCCCAGAAUCCAUGAUAUCCAGAGCCAUACACCAGUAUGCCUCCCUUUAGCCUCUCCUUCCAGUGCUUACCAUCAGCACAGCAAAAAUUUGCUUUCACCCAUAUAAUUGCAUAACCCAUAUAAUUACUUAGUCAACCUCCAAGCUUCCCAAUAAUCACUGAGCCUGGGCUUGACUGGCUACAGCAAAAAUGAGAAAAUUGAUUCUCUCCUACACACACACACACACACACAGACACAAACAAGUUACUUUCUUUAGUAAAAAAACUGAGAGACAGAGCAUGAUGGGAAUUGUAGUUUUGAAAUAAAUACUUCAACAGCACAUGAAUUUUAAGCCUUUCAUAUUUUGCAAUGGACUGAAAGGGUAAUUGGGAAAAAGCAGAACCUUGCAACACUUCUUUCAUCGCGAACCACUUUUUCUUUUUUCUUUUAGGCCGCUGUAGCAGGAGGCACGACAAUGAUCAUUGACUUUGCGAUACCUCAUAAAGGCUGUUCUCUCAUUGAAGCCUAUGAGAGAUGGAGAAGCUGGGCAGAUCCCAAAGUCUGCUGCGAUUAUGCACUUCAUGUGGCCGUCACGUGGUGGAGCGACAAGGUAAGCAGAAGGCCAGUAGCACGUUUGUUCCUUCAAGUGUGUCCAACAUGCGCCAAGGACAGAUGCCACGAGUUGCAUGGAAAACAGUGUGUGUGUGGCGUUCUUGCCAAGUGACCAAGGGCCCAGUUGUGGCACAUUCAAAUUUGCCUUCCUUCCUCUUGCUUCUUGCUGGGCAGCUACUUGUGUUCAUUCUGUGUGGGGGAGGUACAUAUUUUGUGCUGUUUUAGAUUGUUAUUUUUCUUUGGACAAAAACAUGAUGGGUCUGUAACCUCGGGUUACAGACGUUUCAGGUUACAGACUCCGCUAACCCAGAAAUAGUACCUCAGGUUAAGAACUUUUCUUCAGGAUGAGAACAGAAAUUGCGUGGCAACAGCGGGAGGCCCCAUUAGCUAAAGUGGUACCUCAGGUUAAGAACAGUUUCAGGUUAAGAAUGGACCUCCAGAACGAAUUAAGUUCUUAACCCGAGGUACCACUGUAUUCAUUUAAACAACCUUAAAUCAAUGACUUCCCUUCUUCUCUUUCAUUUUGCAUAUCAUGCAUCCCUGCAUAUUUUAUAUUCAGUAAUCCAUUGUUACAUCCAUCAAAACUUGUUUUCACUGUUGAGCUUAUCUUAAUGCUACCAGCAUUUUUAAAUGAACACAAUUUUCACCCAUAUAUUCAGUAAACGUUUUCCAGGCUUCUUUAAACAUAUGUUCUUGUUCUCUUACUCUAUAUGUUAAAUCUGCAAGCUGCACGUAUUCCAUCAGUUUGUUGCCAUUCUUCUAUGGCUGGGACCUCACUCGUUUUCCAUUUUGGGGCUAACAAAACACGGGCCACAGUAGUAGCAUACAUAAAUAGUUUCACAAGCUUGCAUGAACGGACAACUUCUUUAGCUACAACCCUUAGUAUUUUGUAUCUGUAUUCUUUUGUUGAAGUGUUUUAUGUAUUUUGUAUUUCAUAACUUUAAGUUGCUUCCAGACACUUUUGGAUGUGUGAAAUGAUACAUACAUGUAAUAAACUAAAUUUUCACCAUGCUCAGGAGCGCAGGGGUGAAGCUUUCCAAGACGGUGUGCUAAACUAGCCAGAGGAUUUAGUCCUGGGAAUUUUUUUAAAAAAGCUUAUUUAAAAGUUAUUUAAUUAUUAAAAAAUUAAUUGAACAAUACUGUAAUAGCUCCUUUUUUCAUAAUAAACAAGAAUUCCAAAAAUACAUAACCAAAAAAGUGUCAUAGUCACUACAGGAAUUAAAAUAUUGCAUAAUUAUUGGGUACAACAUUUUAGAGAGAAAUCUUACUGUCUCCUGAAGAAUAUCCUGGGAAAUUUUGGUGUUCUGCCAGUCAAGUAAAAAUAUCUCUGUCAAAUAAUACACUCAAAUAAUUUAGCCAAUCAGAUGGUAUGAUUUGAUGCCAAAUAAAUUCAAGAGGAUAUUGUGAGGUUUGAACAUUUAACAAUUUUUUGUUGUGCUUUCAGGUUAAAGAAGAGAUGAAAACCCUAGCCCAGGAAAAGGGUGUAAACUCCUUUAAGAUGUUUAUGGCAUAUAAAGGUGUCUAUAUGGUUGGAGAUCUAGAGUUACACUCUGCCUUUUCUCAGUGCAAACAAAUCGGUGCGAUUGCUCAAGUCCACGCAGAAAAUGGGGAUCUGAUUGCAGAGGUAAUUAUCUAUCUCCAAGGUGACACAGGAGCAUUCAUCCACCCUGCAACAGAUUGCAGCAAUACCUGUGUAUUUAAGAUUGUAACGAUUUGUAAAUUACACAUCUUUUGGUAACAGACAGAGGGCAGAGGGGAACUGGGCGUGUUGGCCCUGCCAUCUCUGCCCCUCCUAACCUUCCCACAUUCAAUUAAUGUCUGGAGGGGCAGCCUACAUGUCUUCAGCUGAAAGUGCAUUGUCUUCUCGUAUGACUGGGAGCCCUGUGUAAUUGGAACUCUGUCAUCCAGAGGAGCCUAUGUAUGCACAGCCAAAUGUUCACAGACCCCCUUUCAGACUUUCACCAAAUAUGCAGUCAGAAGAGAUGGAGCUAGUGGGAGACUGUGAUGUUGAAGGCAGGGUUAGCACAAAGGGUCUCAUGGCUUCCCCUCCAAAAUCUGAGAACUGUCAUUUUCAGGGUGCUGUUUGGAAACACCUAUUCCUCUCAAAUGUACCGAUUUCAGAGUUUCCUAGGAAGGAGGAUUGAUGGUCAAAUCACUAUGAGAAUUGCAUUUCUGAGAGGGGAAUAGGAGUCUCCUAUCAACAGUCACUGGGAUGCUGGUGGCGCUGUGGGUUAAACCACAGAUCAGAAGGUCGGUGGUUUGAAUCCCCACGAUGGGGUGAGCUUACAUUGCUCGGUCCCUGCUCCUGCAACCUAGCAGUUUGACAAGCACGUCAAAGUGCAAGUAGAUAAAUAGGUACCGCUCCGGCGGGAAGGUAAACGGCGUUUCUGUGCACUGCUCUGGUUCGCCAGAAGCGGCUUAGUCAUGCUGGCCACAUGACUCAGAAGCUGUACGCCAGCUCCCUUGGCCGGUAAAGCGAGAUGAGCGCCACAACCCCAGAGUCGGCCAUGACUGGACCUGACGGUCAGGGGUCCCUUUACCUUUAUCAACAGUCACUAGACUUAAUAUGCUGCAGUUCCCAGAGUUGACUCUUUAAAGUGAUGUGAUACUGCUUUAAAUGUAUUGUGCAGAUAGGGCCUUAUGGAUGCUUAAAGUAGACCCAAUAGACAGAGCUGUUCUGCCUGCCCUUCGGUCCAGUCUAUGGGACCCUGUAAGUUACCUCUUUGGCCCUUUUAUUGGCUUAUGUGGGACCAACAUGGAUAGCUGACCCUGAUGAAUACUUGAGGUUCCCGACCCCUAUGGUUGUAAUUUCAUGAGCAGUCAUUUAAUUUUAGCCUGAUUCUAAUUUUUAAGCUGUAUUUUAAUCAAUUGUUUGAUUUUGUUUUAAUGUAUUUGACAUUUGAUGUUAGCCGCCCUGAGCCCGGUCUUGGCUGGGGAGGGCGGGGUAUAAACAAAAAUUUACUUACUUACUUACAAUAUAAUCACUGGGACCAAAGUGACAUUAUUUCAGUGGGUCUACUCUAAGCAUCACUAAGGCGGCAACUCCACUUGCCUUAGUGUAAGCUAAAUGGAAUUCAGUAAGACUUCCUUCUGAAUAAGCAUGGUUAGGAAUGAGCUGUGAAUCUGGAUCCAGCCCAAAGACAUCUCUGAAAGAAGCAAUUAUGUGUGGUUUAUAACAAGAUAUAAACACAACAUAUAUUUCCAAAGCCUUCUGUGUUUUUAAAAAACGAAACAUCCAGAAAAAUCAAGCACAUAGGCAUUUGUUCUGAUAAACUACAAAUCAUAGCUAACUAAGUUGCUAACCAUCACAGUACAAAUGAUUUUCAAAUCUUGUACUUAUUGGGGUUUCUAAAUUACUCGGGUAGCUGGACCAGAGUUGCAGAGAAGUCAUUAAUUUUUCCACUGGUAGCAACAUUAACUUCUGUGUCGCUGUGGCUGGCCUGCAGGGUGCAAAGAAGAUGUUAUCCCUGGGAAUAACUGGUCCAGAAGGGCACCAGCUGUGUCGCCCGGAAGAAGUGGAAGCUGAAGCCACGCUGAGAGCAAUCACCAUAGCAAACUCGGUGAACUGCCCUCUCUACGUAGUUCAUGUGAUGAGCAAGUCUGCAGCCACGGUGAUCGCAGAUGCACGGAGGCAAGGUACGUUUCUGACCCAGCGUGUUUAAAGAUUGUGCAGAGGUGCUGCAGAACCGGUGCUACUAAGAUCUCCAGGUUUGACAUUCAAUCCCUGGGUGUCAGGCAGAAAUAGUUAAAACUCCAGGGGGGAAAUCUGGCCGGCACAGGAAUUACUCUGCCUUACACACUAGGAAUUAACCCUUCCAGGAUGCUGGACUAGAUGGGCCAUUGGCCUGAUUUAGCAGGGCUCUUCUCGUGUUCUUAAAAAUAUUUGGAUAAACAGUGCCUUCGUGCACUCCAAAGACAGCAGCACUCUGAUCUUAAAGGCAUUUUCAUCUUUGACAGCAUUCCGGAGCCCUCACGCUCAGUGGUGUGUGGUGACAUUUUUCGUUGGGGCCAGAGGCACCAGCUUGCAAGGGCAAUGGGGGACGGCAUCAUGAUGCCAUGUGCACGAGGAUCACGCCUCCCUCCCUAAGCCUGGCAGAAGCUUCCCAGCUCUGGGAAGGAGGCACCAUACUUUAAUAAUAAUAAAAUAAUUUAUUCUUUAUACCCCGCCCAUCUGGCUGGGCUUCCCCAGCCACUCUGGGCGGCUUCCAACAAAAUAUUAAAAUACAGUAAUGCAUCCAACAUUAAAAGCUUCCUUAAACGGGGCUGUCUUCAGAUGUCUUCUAAAAGUCUGGUAGUUGUUGUUCUCUUUGACAUCUGGUGGGAGGGUGUUCCACAGGGCGGGUGCCACUACCAAGAAGGCCCUCUGCCUGGUUCCCCUGUAACUUGGCUUCUCGCAGUGAGGGAACCACCAGAAGGCCCUCGGAGCUGGACCUCAGUGUCCGGGCAGAACAAUGGGGGUGGAGACACUCCUUCAGGUAUACUGUGCCAAGGCCGUUUAGGGCUUUAAAGGUCAGCACCAACACUUUGAACUGUGCUCGGAAACGUACUGGGAGCCAAUGUAGGUCUUUCAAGACCGGUGUUAUGUGGUCUCAGCAGCCGCUCCCAGUCACCAGUCUAGCUGUCGCAUUCUGGAUUAGUUGUAGUUUCCGGGUCACCUUCAAAGGUAGCCCCACAUAGAGCACAUUGCAGUAGUCCACGCAAGAGAUAAAUAGAGCAUGCACCAUUCUGGUGAGACAGUCUGCAGGCAGGUAGGGUCUCAGCCUGCGUACCAGAUGGAGCUGGUAAACAGCUGCCCUGGACACAGAAUUGACCUGCGCCACCAUGGACAGCUGUGAGUCCAAAAUGACUCCCAGGCUGCGCACCUGAUCCUUCAGGGGCACAGUUACCCCAUUCAGGACCAGGGAGUCCUCCACACCUGACCGCCCCCUGUCCCCCCAAAACAGUACUUCUGUCUUGUCAGGAUUCAACUUCAAUUGUUUAAUAAUAAUAAUAAUAAUAAUAAUAAUACUUUAAUGCUCUAAUUUUCUGGGAACAUUUAGGGGACUAGAAGUGUGAGGGCUCUGGGAUGCUACUGGAGCUCUUGCAUCUCCUUCACCAAGCCCAGCGCCUCGGUUACCCAUCUUUGGGAAGGCAGUGCAUAAGCAUGGCAGUGCCUCGCUUACCGGUCUGUGGGAAGGAGUUGUGAGGACUUUGGGAGGCCAGUAAAAAGGGUGCCCUGCGCCUCACAGCGUGUAGUUCUGAGGGUUCCUGACUUUGCAUGAUUCUGCCGUUGCACGUGGGCCCCCAAAUCCGAACCCUGGCGUAAGUAGCUGGCCCACUGCACUAAAUCCGUGAGUUUGGAAAACAUCUCUUCUGUGCCAUGUUGCACUGGAUUUGUCCACUAGAUGCCACUGUUGACAAUGCUGUGGAGCCCGCUUUCUCAUCCUCCGUUCUUCAACUUUGUAAAAGCACAAGAAACUGUGAAAUCAGCCAAAAUAUGUAGGUCAAAGCACAAAAUAAAAAUAGAAAAAAUCCCCAGGGCAGUCCAAAAUCAUUGGAAGUGGGAAAGGUAGAAUCUUUGCUUGGUGUCGUGUUUUCUCGGUCUGAAUUGCGUAUACAACGUCAACAACUCUGUAGAUGUUAAAGUGCAUAUACUAUUGAUCAGGCCUCCCCAAACCUUUGGGGGCCUACCAGAGGCACAUCUGGAAAUUGGAUAACUGUCUUUGUUUUCAGGUGUUCUAAUAGUUUUAUCAUCAGUGUGUUUACUGCCCUCCCUGGGCUGCUUUGGGAGGAAGGAUGGGAUAUAAAUAAAAUAAAUAAAUAGUCCAAGCAGGCGGGCCUGCUUCUUUAGUAUUUAGGCUACAACUGCCAACAUAAAUAACAGGGAAGUAUCUGAUUAGUUUCUCUGCCUCGGUCUGAACUUGGGCCUGGUUUUUCUCAAGCUACCAUCUGCUCUGAGUGCGUGGUGAGUUCAGUAAGCAUCACCACUAGCCAAGCAGUUGUCACGUAACCAAGUCAGAGAUCAUGGCUUCCACACAGCCUCAAGCCAUAGUACCUCUCUUAUUUAAAAAGAAUGAAGGAAAAAUAAUUAGCUGACGAGUAGCAGUGUCUAAACCCAAAUCCAGGCUGUAUCUGUUAAAUGGGGUUGCAGUUUAGCCUGUUAGUUUCAGAUAUGCAGGCCCCAUUAUGCUCGAUGUACCAGUGAUUAAGCAUGAACAUUGCCAUCCUCUUUUCUGUCUCAGGAGUGAUCUUUUAAAUUAAUAAUGACAUAGAAAUUUCUGCAUCUUUGUUCCAAGAGGUCCCCAGCUGUCUGUCUGUGUGAUGUAACUAAACAGUAAAAUCUGAAGCCAUGCAAGUGGCGAAACAGGUAUUUUCUGAUACGGCACAGACAUUAAAAGGACUGACUGAAGGCUUAAAUUGACUUUGAUGCCCCUCUGCCCACUGAAUCAUUGCAGAGAGAUUGGACAACAUGGGUCCCCCUGAACUUGGAAAAGGGUUCCGAUGAUCCAAGAAUGAUGUUGCUUUUAUAUAUUAACAGUGUAAUCAUAAGCAUGCUUUCUCAAAAGGAACUCCCAUUUAAUUCAGUGGGGCUCCCUCCCUAAUAAUGUAGGUAGGGCUAUGUUAGAUUACUAGAAUGGGCUAGGCAUUUUUUAAAUUCAUGGCCAUUUCCAAGGACUCUGAUAAGCCUAGAAACAGACACCUUCAUUUUAGAGAGUUGAUAAUAAGGUGAAAGGGACGCGGGUGGCGCUGUGGCUAAAAGCCUCAGCGCCUAGGGCUUGCCGAUCGAAAGGUCGGCGGUUCGAAUCUCCGCAGCGGGGUGCGCUUCCGUUGCUCAGUCCCAGCGCCUGCCAACCUAGCAGUUCGAAAGCACCCCCGGGUGCAAGUAGAUAAAUAGGGACCGCUUAGUAGCGGGAAGGUAAACUGCGUUUCCGUGUGCUGCGCUGGCUCGCCAGAUGCAGCUUGUCACGCUGGCCACGUGACCCGGAAGUGUCUCCGGACAGCGCUGGCCCCCGGCCUCUUGAGUGAGAUGGGCGCACAACCCUAGAGUCUGUCAAGACUGGCCCGUACGGGCAGGGGUACCUUUACCUUUAAUAAGGUGAAUGUGUAUAUCAUUGUAUCUUUGUUUUUCAGGGGAUUAAUAGUGCUUCAGAAACCAGUAACAUAUUUUUUGACCAGAGGUGACAGAGUGGGAUUAAAUAAUUAUUAGACUUUUUAAAAGUGUGUUUACAUCCUGCUUUCCUUCCUUAAAGUGGCAUAUAUGGAGUUCCUAGGUGGUCUCCCAUCCAGACGCUGACCAGAAAUAAACCUGCUUUCUUUCAACAACAUGGCUGCCUCAUUUGCCCCCAGACCAUAGGCAGGAAUACCCCUUCAUGCCACCUCUACAGCUCUCUUUUAAAAAGCAGCAUUCCUACAGCAGAGAUGGGGGACUGUUGGCCCUCCAUAUAUUUCUAGACUAAAAUUCCCAUCAUCCCUGACCACUGGCUUCACUGGUGGGAGCUUGAGUCCAGCAGUAUCAGGAGAGCCAUGGGUUCCCAUCCCAGCCUACAGUGUCACUUACAGUGUGACAGUAUGAAACAUGCUUCACUGAACAUACGUCAACAGAUCUAUAAUCUUUCUGUUAAUUUGUCUCCUAAUCCAGUGUUUGUUGGCUGUAGGGUACUUUCCAUAUUCUUUUGUAUGUUAUUGGCAUUCAAACCAAACCCUGAAAGUACAGGUAAAAGGUAAAGGGACUCCUGAACAUUAGGUCCAGUCGCGGACGACUCUGGGGUUGCGGUGCUCAUCUCGCUUUAUUGGCCGAGUACAGCUUCCGGGUCAUGUGGCCAGCAUGACUAAGCCGCUUCUAGUGAACCAGAGCAGCGCACGGAAACGCCGUUUACUUUCCUGCGGGAGCGGUACUGAUUUAUCUACUUGCACUUUGACGUGCUUUCAAACUGCUAGGUUGGCAGGAGCUGGGACCGAACAACGGGAGCUCACCCCGUCGUGGGGAUUCGUACCGCCAACCUUCUGAUUAGCAAGCCCUAGGCUCUGUGGUUUAACCCAUAGCGCCACCCGUGUCCCACAGCGCCACCCACAUACAGAGAAGCCUCAAAUGCACUUUUUUCUACUGCUGCUCAGGGUAUUGAUCCACUUCUAUGCCAAAAGUGACCGUUGGGUGCCAGAUGGAACCUGUUUAGUCUUUCUACAGGCUUAAUGAUGAUUUGCUGAUGGUAAUGAUGGUAAAGUGAAGGCUGGGUUUUUGUCUGGUGGCACUGGUAUUAUGGAAUGCACUCCCAGCUGAAAACAAGAGGCUCCAUCUUUUUUGGCAUUUCACUAGCUUCUGAAGAUGUACCUGUUUACACAGCCAUUCCGUUGAUCUCUCACCCUGAACUUCCUGUUUUAGUUCUGCUUUAAUGGGAUUCUUUUAUGACUUAUUUUCAUUUUCAAUUACUACAUUUAUAUGCCACUUUAAUCUUCCAAGGAGCUCAAGGUGGCGUACAUGGUUCUUCUUCUCCCCAUUUCACCCCCACACAAUCCCGUGAGGUAGGUAAGGCUAAGAGAUGGUGACUGGCCCAAGGUCACCCAGUGAGUUCCAUGGCCGAGUAGAGAUUCGAACCCUGGUCUCCCAGGUCGUAGUCCACCACUCUUAACUGUUAUGCCACACUGGUUCUCAAUUAUGGAUCAUGGAUGUUUUAAUAACCAUUCCUUAUACUUUGUAAACUGCUUAGAAUCUUUUUUUCGUAUUUAAAUUGCACCGCCAUCAUCUAGGGUAACUUUCUGCAGGUUUUGCAGCCGCCACUCUUCAGAUUUGUGCAUAUACAGUCAUCCUUGCCUAUCAAGCUAGGCUUAGACUACAAUUCUAAAAGCACUUUUACUAGGCAGUACAUCUACCAUUGAAUCCAGCAGGGCUUCUUUCCAUGUAAUCAUGAUUUGAGCGAGUUAUUUUUUGCUUGGGGGUUCUGAGCUUGUUGGUUGUGGUGGCUUCACCCUACCUGCCAAGAGUGUUAUGGGCCGUGUGCGUAGGAGACACAGCUACACAGGCACAACAACCUCUUGCUCUGAAAGUUGGCAAGCUUCUGAGUUUCCAAGCUUGGAAAAGGAAAAUAUCUCCUCCUCCUUACAUAACAUCAGGAGGUCAGAAAAACUAAGCAAGAGAGAAGUGGAAAGGAGGAGACAAGGGAGCAGGGGAAAUAACUAUUGCCUGCAGAAACUAAACAAACCAAUCUCUCAGGGGCUGCAGCACUCUUGCCACUGGGCUGCUGCAGAUGAAUGUGAUGACUGUUUUGCCAUAUCUCCACUAAUUUAACCAUUAAGCAACUUCUGAAAGUUACAAGCAUUAGAAUAAAAUGUGAACAUAAUACAGCGUUUAAUUUCUGUGUGUUUUUUCAUCUUUGGUCAUCAGAAUUCCCAUGUUUCUAGAUUCUCUGUAAUAAAUAAUAAAUUUAUUUAUACCCUGCCCAUCUGGCUGGGUUUCCCCCCAGCCUUGCUCAUGUAUUUGGAUUGAAUGUAUGUGGGGUUAAAGUAGUGGGGGGAAACAUGUACACAAGUACCCACCCCCCAGUAUCCCACACUGUACUAGUCUGCCACAUGAAAGGGGGAUUCUAAGCCAGUUCAGGUGAACAGGCUUAGAAGCCUCCUUGCAAUCAGGAACCCUGCACCAUCAGAGUUCUGUUAGCCCAGAAGACCAAUCUGUUAUCACCUUUUUAUACACCAUUUCAUAGUGCAAACAUCAAGAUCAGUGUGUGAUAGAGCCCUAUAGAAUUCCAUAUUGGUAGAAUUUGGGUAUGUGUAUAUAUAUAUGUUCAAAUAUCUGAUAACCAGAUGUUGCUAUAUUGUAGCCAGCUGUACAUUGUACAAUAUUGGAAGCCUGCAUUGUUAGUUUGCUCCUCUUAAUCUAUGUAUUUUCUUAUCCCGCUCCACCAGGGAAAGUUGUUUAUGGGGAGCCUAUAGCUGCCGGCCUUGGAACGGAUGGCACUCACUACUGGCAUAAGGAAUGGUCCCAUGCUGCAGCACAUGUCAUGGGCCCACCCCUGAGGCCGGAUCCUGCUACUCCCGACUUCCUGAUGAAUCUUUUGGCAAAGUAAGCUAAUGCAAUGUACAUGUAAAAUGCUCACAUAUGACUUCUUAGCAGCAUCCGGAUGCCUUAGCAAGAAGGCCAUUAAACAGUUGAAGCCAGCCAUACUUAUUUGGGCCCAGUCUGUGUUUUCAUGCCACAAACAUUCAGCAAAUAAGUGUGCAACAAGAUACCUUGGACAGGGUCCUCUCUGUGGUAGCACCACAGAUUUGGAAAUUUCUCUCUGAGGAGAUCCUUCAAGCUAACUUCCUUCUCAUUUUAGAGAAGACAUCUCUGUUCUGGAAGGCAUCUUAUAAUGGACUGCUGCUAUUUUUUUCUGUGUUCUGCUGGUCUUUCAACUUACUGUGCUGUGUGCAUCUAAUGCUUUGUUCAUUUUUUAAUUUUUUUUGCAGUUGUUAUUGUCAAAAUAGGUUUUUAUCCAAGUGGUCUGCUUUGGAAAUAUAGUCUCAGCAUUGUUUAGGGUUGUAGGAAACUGUCUUAUGCUGAGUCAGACCAUUGGUCCAUCUGCCUCUACACUGACUGACAACAUCUAUCCAAGGGGCUCUCCCAUCUCUACCUGGAGACCCCAGGGACUGAACCUGGGAUGCUUUGUUUGCAGAGCAGAUACUCUUCCACAGCCCUUCCCAAGCAAGGUAUAACCAGCUUAAGUAAAUGAUCAAAAUAAAAAUAGCAGCCAUGUGGCAGCCAACUGGUGAAGUCUGUUGUGUGGAUACAGACGGCAGUUUGCUCUAUGGUGGCUGUUCUGCACAGAGACAUCCUCAGCUACAUAUAGCCAAGGCUGGUCCUAUGAUGACAGGUUGUGGUUAAGGAGAGGAGACCUUAACCAUAAUCCUGGAUUUGGAUGACACGCUGAGCUGGGCUGUAUUAAAAGGACCAGAGAGGAGCAAAGCAAGUUCAAACUCUUUGCUGAGAACCAGCAUGUUUGCACGGUCACAGAAAGCUAUAACAUGAGAACCAAGCCAGUAUCUUGUGAUUGACUCUUUGUCCAUCAUUUGAACCAAGUUCUGUUUCUGAAUGUUCAGAUUUGCCUAACUUGGAAUUGUUUCUUUUUUCAAGUGGUGACUUAACUGUGACAGCGACAGAUAACUGUACCUUUGACAUCUGCCAGAAGGCUUUGGGGAAGGAUGAUUUUACCAAGAUCCCCAAUGGGGUGAAUGGCGUGGAGGACAGGAUGUCAGUUGUGUGGGAAAAAGGAGUGGUGAGUAGGAUUUAUUUUGCUGUCAGAUGGAAUGGGGAGCAAUAUAAGCAGCAGUGACAAGUUAGCCACCUGCCUCUGAGGAGGUACUUAAAUCCUCAGACACAGGGCUGUCUUAAACAUAUGCGGCACCGGGGUGCAACAAAGAUCCACCUGCCGCCCCCCGCCGGUUGCCCAGUCCCAGGUGCACAGGAGGGCGGACCCAGCCGGCUGCCUCAGCUUCUCGUUGGCUCGGUUGCCCCCAAACUCGCGGUGUAGAGCCACCCGCAGCAGAAGAGCCCGCCACAGCACUCCAACCAAUGGGUGGGCUCUUCCCCAGACUCAACUCUCGGGCCCCAGACUCUCGGCCCCGUACCCCUAGCACCUAUGAGUAAAACGGCUUCAGACAUCUCUUUCACUCUCUGUAGCACACAGGACUUGAACUAGAUACUUUGAAAGAUACGAACUUACUGAAAGAGAGACUGCUAUGACACAUGUUCUGGGAACUGCCUGACUUGACUACUCUAGCAUAAUCUGUAAGGGGCUGCCUUGAAGGUUGUUUGGAGGCUACAGUAGCUCCAAAAUGUAAAACUGUUUUCUUGUGCUAGCUCUUUGGAUUGUACCACACCAGUCUCAUGUGAACUCUAUUGGUUAAGCAGUUCCUUUCUGAACUAGAUUCAAGGUACAGGUGAUUAUGAAUCAACUGUAAGUUGGUUUCUUACGGAACCAGUGUUGUUGUUGCUGCUGCUGUUGUUCUUUCACUUCAGAAUUGUUGUAUAGAACUGGGGGCUAUGAACUUUCUGAAUAAGUGAACAACAGAUGACUGAAAUUCAUUUAUUAUCCCAUUCACUCUGGAGAUUGAUGGCUAGCAAAUGGGAUUACUUUAUUUGUUAUUACAUUAAUAUGCCGCCUUUCCAUUAAGGAGCUCAUGGUGAUUUGCACACCUCUCUCUCCCCACUUCCAUUUUAUCCAUGCAACAACCCUGUAAGGUAGGUUAGGCUGGAAUAUAAUGAUUGUCAUGAGGUCACCCGCUGGGUUUCGUGGCUGAAUGCGGAUUCGAACCCUCCCAAGUCCUAGUCCUAGUCCAGCACUGUAACCACUACACCACACUGCCUCUUUGUUCAUUCCACAAAUUAACAAAUAGUUUUAAGGAGCAAGAUUAUCAAUGUUGAACUGGUUAUUCCCCAAAAUAAGAUUUCUGUUACAAAGAGUUACAUCUUAGGUGCUAUAUUUGCGUACAUCAGCAUAUUACUGGGAGUUUACAUUUUUUAUAUUGAAAUUUUCUGCCUAGAGGUUUUCUGGGUGAGGUUAUCCCACCCGCACUCCUCAACAGAGAGUGAGUUUGCUUGCAGUAGGCUUAUGUAUCCCCUUCCUUGCUGAUGCCUAUUUUUGGUUUCUUUGCAGCAUAGUGGCAAAAUGGAUGAAAACAGAUUUGUGGCAGUCACCAGCACAAAUACAGCUAAAAUCUUUAACCUGUACCCAAGGAAAGGGAGAAUAGCUGUGGGCUCUGAUGCUGACAUUGUCAUUUGGGACCCCAAAGCUACAAGGUAUGGUCUAUGAAUAAUCAAAUCGCACCUGUCCAUCCUUCUAGGAAUGCAUUUUGAAGAUAUAAAUCUUGAUGAUGGAAUGAUGCCCCAUUUGAAUUAUUCACGGAAUAUAUGGUGCUAGCCACAGCAUAUCUAUGCAAAGGAUUUUGCAUGUUUUAAAAAUGUUCAGAAUGUUUUAAAAAUAGUUACCUGGAUUGCUGACCAUGUAGAAAAAGCAUAAUUGCUUGUACUUUUAUAUUAAUUGCUAUUUUCAUGAAUAAGAUCAGUGAUUCCGAGCAUUCUCUAGGCUAGCUCAUGCCCACAUAGUGAUGCCCAAAAAGACCUAAAUGGUGCCAAAAACUAUCACAUACUUUGCUAAAAAUACAUUAGACCAAUUACCCAUGGCAUAGCUAGCCAUUUUUAAGCCCAGGUUUUGUUGUUGUUGUUGUUUAGUCGUUUAGUCGUGUCCGGCUCUUCGUGACCCCAUGGACCAGAGCACGCCAGGCACUCCUGUCUUCCACUGCCUCCUGCAUUUUGUCAAACUCAUGUUGGUAGCUUCGAGAACACUGUCCAACCAUCUCGUCCUCUGUCGUCCCCUUCUCCUUGUGCCCUCCAUCUUUCCCAGCAUCAGGGUCUUUUCCAGGGAGUCUUCUCUUCUCAUGAGGUGGCCAAAGUAUUGGAGCCUCAGCUUCAGGAUCUGUCCUUCCAGUGAGCGCUCAGGGCUGAUUUCCUUAAGAAUGGAGAGGUUUGAUCUUCUUGCAGUCCAUGGGACUUAAGCCCAGGGAAAGGUCCCAAUUCUGUGCUGGCCUCUCUCCCUGGACCAAUUCAGGCUCUUCCAAUAGGCUGCUGUUCUCCAAGUGCAGAAGAGGACUGGGGAGGCUAAAGUUGGUAUCCACCUACCCCCCGGAAUAGUCCUGUUUCUGCUAUCUGCCAUCCUAGAUAAUUAUGAUUACAGAAAUGCAUUUCUCUUUCUGGGAGAGUUGUUCACUGAAUAAGAUAUUUCUUGGGUGUGUGCUCAUUUCAAAGCUCAAUCAAUACUUUAUGGAAGAAAUGCAACUUCUGGCUUCAGUUCUGCAUCUGCACGUAGCGUGUUUUAUCUAUUAACUUUGGAAUGAAUGGGGAUGAAAUGAUGAGCGGCUUGUGAAUGCUUAAAUCUGACUGGUUACGUGACCUUCUACUUCUCCAGAAGAGGGAGCACAUGGCCUAGAAGUCAUGGAAAGCCAAGAGGCAGCCUUCAUACUGUGCGGUGAUAAUUGGCAGUUAUCUCAAGAGUAACCAUGUUUCAGUCAUUUCAGAACGAUAACGAUGGUGAUGAUUAGAUUUAUUAUUAUAAUGCAUUAGUCACUUUUGGGCCACAGCAAAUCGAAGCGACUUACAAUGUUUUAAGCAAAAAGCAAAUGCAUAUAUUAAAACAAGCAUUAAAAAAUAUAUAUCUAAAAGGCAAUUCUGUUUUUUAAAACAUCUCACCCACACAAAAAGGCCACAGAGAAUUAGAAGCCAAAGAGCUGAUGAAAAAGGAAUGUUUUUGCCUGGUGUCUAAAGAUAUGUAACAAUGCUGCCAGAUGAGCCUCCCUGGGGAGAGCGUUUCACAAGUAGGGAGCCGCAACAAAAUGCCGGUUCUCAUGUUGCGAUAAGCAACAUAGGCUGUCUGCUUCUUUCUGGCAAACAGUACUCAUGCAAGCCAUCACAUAGUGGUCCAGUGAUGAACAUGUGUGUGCCACACUAGGAAGGGAAAAAAUGUUUAGAGGCCCAGAGCAGGUAUCCUAAUAUAAUACUAGGGUUUCUGCCCUGUUUUCUAGCAUUCCUUUCACACUGCAGUUCCUGUUGUGUUACAGAACUAUAGCUUUUUGGCUGAUACACUGGCAUGUCACACCAAAUCUCAUUCAUACCAAUGUGCAUGGUGUUGCACGGUAAUGAAGACCAUUGGACAGAGUUGCCCCUCCUUCACUCUUUCGGCACAAGCAUGCUUCUGUUCCCCAAUGAUUCCCCCCAUGAAAGUGUCAGGAAAGAACCGUAUGCCAGUAUAAAGGUAAAGGGUAAAGAGACGCCUGACCAUUAGGUCCAGUCACGGCUGACUCUGGGGUUGCGGCGCGUGAGCCAGUGUGGUGUAGUGGUUAAGAGUGGUGGAUUCGUAAUCUGGGGAACCGGGUUUGAUUCCCCGCUCCUCCACAUGCAGCUGCUGGGUGACCUUGGGCUAGUCACACUUCUUUGAAGUCUCUCAGCCCCACUCACCUCACAGAGUGUUUGUUGUGGGGGAGGAAGGGAAAGGAGAAUGUUAGCCGCUUUGAGACUCCUUCGGGUAGUGAUAAAGCGGGAUAUCAAAUCCAAAACUCUUCUACUCUUCUCUUCUUCAUCUCGCUUUAUUGGCCGAGGGAGCCUGCGUACAGCUUCCGGGUCAUGUGGCCAGCAUGACUAAGCCAUGAACCAGAGCAGCGCACGGAAACACCGUUUACCUUCCCGCUGGAGCGGUACCUAUUUAUCUACUUGCACUUUGACGUGCUUUCAAACUGCUAGGUUGGCAGGAGCAGGGACCGAGCAACAGGAGCUCACCCUGUUGUGGGGAUUCGAACCGCUGACCUUCUGAUCGGCAAGUCCUAGGCUCUGGGGUUUAACCCACAGCACCACCCGCAUCCCUGUAUGCCAGUAUACCUCCCUAAAUUUCACAUUGCACUCCCGAUAUUUCAGGAUAAUGGGAUUGCAAACAGAUUCCCACCCUCCACCCCCCCGAAAGUAAUUACUAAUAUGGAAUCGAAUGCUGAACCUCCACCAGAUUUCCAGAAGUGACUUCUCUGUCAUGUGAAAGCAUAAAUACAGUGCAGAAAUUAACAGUGAAAUGGGGAAAUUUAAUAUACCACUGUGGGCAUGCAGCCUUAGUUUGGCUUAUUGUACUGUGUAAACCUAGUCCAAGUUGUUUGCCACACAGUUCCUAGUUUAACCAUGGAACAAAACAAAAAAAACCAGUAAGAUUGAAGUGAGCCAUACUUCCCAGCUCAAUUGUUACAAAAGGAGGAGAAUUCACUUUACAGAAAUCAAGGUUUGGAGGGUGUGAGGGCAUCGUAGGGGAAAAAUAAUUAAGCUAUUCCUUAACGUUGAAAUUCCAGUUACUCCCUUGACAGCUAGCACAUUUGAAAAAGAAACCUUCAGCAUUGCUUUAGCAUCCUUUUCUACAUUACAAUAUACAGAAUAAAAAUGCAAGAUGUGAUGGCAGCCUAAAGCGAUGGGCAGAUGUUGAUACACGACUAGAGAGAAUUGGGAGGCUUUCAUUGGAAGCCUUUGGAGAGGAUUUAGACAUCUCUGUGAAAAAUGGUUGGGGAUAUUAUGGGACCAGCAAAAGAAAUCCAUAUACAAUCAACUAUGCUUGACAUUCAGGGUUAGCACACAACAAUAACACACUGAGUUCAGGCUGCAAACUUGUUUUCUUUUCUUUAACGCCUGACCCAGUGAUCUGCCACACCAGCAUAUAAAAGUUUAGGACUGGGCAUAAUGAUCCCCUUUGCGUAACAACACAAUGUCAUGAUUUAUUGCUCUGCAGUUAAGACGGCCAGCUAGCUUUCAGCUUAAUGCUAACCAGGUUUCCUCAGAAGUAAACCCAAUUGAUUCCAGCAGGACUUUCCAAAAUCCCUAAGGCUGAAGUGCAAUUGUAUGUAGGCAUAAUUAAAAGGGGAAAUAAAAAAAAUGAAGUUCCUGUUACCCACUCCUACGUUAGAAAGGCUGUUGCUUACAUCUCUCUCCUUUUACUUUCCAUGAUGUCAAAGAGAUAGACUCAGGAAUUGAGUCACCUGCUGAAAACAUUUGCAAUUAAAUACCCUGGCAGCAAAGGGGCAGCCUCUCCAGCAGGCUUGCAGAAUCAAGCUGUAGUAUCACAAGGGAAAUGAUCUGAGAAAACAUACUUGCAGUUGGAGCAACUUUGCUCUGUAUCUGUUGGUCUCAGAUCCUAUGUCUCACUCCCGGGUUUGGGUGUUGCAGGUGAAGCAGGAAAAGACAGAGUAAGUGCCUGGUUCAGGCCUUCACCCAUCCCCUUUGCUCAUCACAAUCACUUUAUUUAUAUACCAUUUUUCUACAAAAUCAUGCCCAAAGUGGUUCACAAAAUAAGCAUAGCAAUUCAAAACAAAUACUAGAAACAAUUUGAAAUAACCAUCUUAACAACCAGUAAAUACAAAAAGAUCAGUCCGUGCAACAUUGUGUGAAAUAAUAAGCGAACAUAAUUUAUUAUUAUUCUGAGCCUUAAUAAUGACUCGUCUGGGCUCGUUCACAUCACACUAAACUAUGGUUUCUUGUGAAGUCUGACCUUUUUUGUGUUGGUGCUGACCUUUAAAGCCUUAAGUGGCUUCGGCCCAGUAUACCUGAAGGAGCAUCUCCACCCUCAGCGUUCAGCCUGGACACUGAGGUCCAGCUCCAAGGGCCUUCUGGCAGUUCCCUCACUGCAAGAAGUGAGGUUGCAGGGAACCAGGCAGAGGGCCUUCUCGGUAGUGGCGCCCGCCCUGUGGAAAGCCCUCCCGCCAGAUGUCAAGGAAAUAAACAACUAUCUGACUUUUAGAAGACAUCUGAAGGCAGCCCUGUUUAGGGAAGUUUUUAAUGUUUGAUGUUUUAUCGCUUUAUUAUUAUUAUUUAUUUAUUAUUCUGUGCAGCAGGAAUUGAGAUCAUGUGACAAAUAAACUAUGUUGCACUCCAGUUUAAAAUAUGCUUAUGUGGCACAGUUCUGUACAUAUCUACUCAGAAGUAGGACCUGUGGAGUUUGAUGGGUCUUGCUUCCUGAUAAGUAUGCAGAAGAUUACAGCUCAGAUUGAGUUGAUUUUAACUAAAUAUGCCUCAAAUUAAUGUGCUAUGGAUUGCAAUAGGCACCCAAAAAGUCUUUGUUACAAUGUUGAUACAGACCACACACCUUAGGCAGAAUAAUGAUUAACAGUAAACUUGAAGUAAUUGCACUAUGAAGGGGUUUUUUUUAUUAAAAAAAUGCAUUUGAGGGAGGAUGUAUUGAAAUGCAGUUUUAAAAUAUAUGAGAGAAAGAAUCGCCUUCCCCCCAUCUAUUCAGGAAAUGCCAGUUCUGAAAUAUUCAUUAAAUAGCACUUAAGAUAUCAAGAAACUCUUCACUUUGUGGUAUUUAUGAAUUGCCAAACAGCUUUUUUUCACACUUUGAUAUACAUGACACCUUAGAUUUAUCACCUGUAGAGUGAUGGAGAGCAAACCCAACAAGAAAGAUUGUGUUGGGGGUGAAAUGUUCUAUAUUUCAUUCUUUACUCCAUUACUUUGACCAAUGUCAUGAAAAUGUGUUGUUGUUUUUUAAUUGAACAACAACACCCAGUUUAUUGGGGUGAACUGCUUUGUGAUAUAUUGUGCUCUUAGGGUGCAGCUGGAUGAAUCUUUACGAGAGCCGUGUUUGGAAUCAGUGAUUCUCUUAAGAGCAUUACCAGUGCAAUCCUAUACAUGUCUACCCAGGAGUAAGUUCCCAGGAAUAGGGUUGCAGCUUUAAUUGCUUAGCCUUUUGACUAGCAAGAGAACGUGUGAAUAAAAAGUAUUGAAUUUGAGUGACAGCAGGCAAUGCAUGCAAAAAAAAUUUUUUUCUUUUGUACAUUUAUAUAUCACUUUUUCUUCCAAGGAGCUGAAGGUGGUGUACAUGUUUCUCCUCCCCAGUUUAUCCUCACAGCAACCCUGUGAGGUGGGUUUGGCUGAGAGAUAGUGGCUGGCCCAGUGAGCUUCAUGGUUGCCACUUUGAUGUUGCAGUCUGAAAGAUGAAACUCUUUAUAUUGAAAGGCAUGUGGAUGCAGAAAUCUGCUUAUUCAUAGAAUCAUAGAGUUGGAAGAGACCACAAGGGCCAUCGAGUCCAACCCCCUGCCAAGCAGGAAACACCAUCAGAGCACUCCUGACAUAUGGUUAUCAAGCCUCUGCUUAAAGACCUCCAAAGAAGGAGACUCCACCACACUCCUUGGCAGCAAAUUCCACUGUCAAACAGCUCUUACUGUCAGGAAGUUCUUCCUAAUGUUUAGGUGGAAUCUUCUUUCUUGUAGUUUGGAUCCAUUGCUCCGUGUCCGCUUCUGUGGAGCAGCAGAAAACAACCUUUCUCCCUCCUCUAUGUGACAUCCUUUUAUAUAUUUGAACAUGGCUAUCAUAUCACCCCUUAACCUCCUCUUCUCCAGGCUAAACAUGCCCAGCUCCCUUAGCCGUUCCUCAUAAGGCAUCGUUUCCAGGCCUUUGACCAUUUUGGUUGCCCUCCUCUGGACACGUUCCAGUUUGUCAGUGUCCUCCUUGAACUGUGGUGCCCAGAACUGGACACAGUACUCCAGGUGAGGUCUGACCAGAGCAGAAUACAGUGGCACUAUUACUUCCCUUGAUCUAGAUGCUAUACUCCUAUUGAUGCAGCCCAGAAUUGCAUUGGCUUUUUAGCUGCCGCAUCACACUGUUGGCUCAUUUCAAGUUUGUGGUCAACCAAGACUCCUAGAUCCUUUUCACAUGUACUGCUCUCAAGCCAGGUGUCACCCAUCUUGUAUUUGUGCCUCUCAUUUUUUUGCCCAAGUGCAAUACUUUACAUUUCUCCCUGUUAAAAUUCAUCUUGUUUGUUUUUGCCCAGUUCUCUAAUCUGUCAAGGUCGUUUUGAAGUGUGAUCCUGUCCUCUGGGGUGUUAGCCACCCCUCCCAGUUUGGUGUCAUCUGCAAAUUUGAUCAGGAUGCCCUUGAGUCCAUCAUCCAAGUCGUUGAUAAAGAUGUUGAAUAAGACCGGGCCCAAGACAGAACCCUGUGGCACCCCAGUAGUCACUCUUCUCCAGGAUGAAGAGGAACCAUUGAUGAGCACCCUUUGGGUUCGGUCAGUCAGCCAGUUACAAAUCCACUGAGUGGUAGCAUAGUCAAGACCGCAUUUUACCAGCUUCUUUACAAGAAUAUCAUGGGGCACCUUGUCAAAUGCCUUGCUGAAAUCAAGGUAGGCUACAUCCACUGCGUUCCCUUCAUCUACCAGGCUUGUAAUUCUGUCAAAAACGAGAUCAGGUUAGUCUGGCAUGACUUAUUUUUCAGAAAUCCAUGCUGACUAUUGGUGAUCACAGCAUUCCUUUCUAGGUGCUCACAGACUGUUUGCUUAAUGAUCUGCUCCAGAAUCUUCCCUGGUAUUGAUGUCAGACUGACUGGGCGGUAAUUAUUUGGGUCCUCUCUUUUCCUCUUUUUGAAAAUAGGGACAACAUUUGCCCUCCUCCAGUCUGCCGGGACUUCGCCUGUUCUCCAGGAAUUCUCAAAGAUGACUGCCAGUGGUUCUGAGAUCACAUCUGCCAGUUCUUUUAAUACUCUUGGAUGCAGUUCAUCUGGCCCUGGAGACUUGAAUACAUCUAAACUAGCCAAGUAUUCUUGUACUAUCUCCUUAGUUAUGCUGGGCUGUGUUUCCUCUGCUGAAUCAUUUGCUCCAAAUUCUUCAGGUCGGGCAUUGUUUUCUUUAUCAGAGAAGACUGAGGCAAAGAAGGCAUUGAGGAGUUCAGCCCUUUCUGUGUCCCCUGUUUGCAUUUCACCAUCUUCUCCUCUGAGUGACCCCACUGUUUCUUUGUUCUUCCUUUUGCUACGAACAUACCCAUAAAAGCCUUUUUUGUUGCUUUUAACCUUUCUAGCAAGCCUGAGUUCAUUCUGUGCUUUAGCUUUUCUGACUUUGUGUCUACACGUGCUGGCUAUUUGUUUGAAUUCCUCUUUGGUGGUUUCCCCCCUUUUCCAUUUUUUGUACACAUCCUUUUUUAAUCUUAACCCAGUUAAAAGUUCUUUAGAUAGCCACCCUGGCUUCUUUAGGCACCUUUCAUGUUUCCGUCUCAUAGGUAUUGCCUGACGUUGUGCUUUUACUAUCUCCCUCUUAACAAACUCCCAGCCAUCAUGAACUCCCUUUGCUUUUAGUAUUACUGUCCAUGGGAUCUCACCCAGCACUUCCCUAAGUUUUAUGAAGUCGGCUUUCUUAAAGUCAAGAAAUUGAGUCCUAGUAUGCUUGGCUGCUCCUUUCCGCUGCAUAGUAAACUUCAGAAGAGCAUGAUCACUCACGCCUAAUGAUCCUUCCACUUCUACCCCACUAGCCAGGUCAUCAACAUUGGUUAGGACCAGAUCUAAAAUGGCUGUUCCUCUUGUUGCUUCUCCCACUUUCUGGACAAUGAAGUUGUCUGCAAGGCCAGUGAGGAAUCUGUUUGACCUUAUGCUCUUGGCUGAGUUUGACAUCCAACAAAUAUCCGGGUAAUUGAAGUCCCCAUUACUACUGAUCUCCCUUCCUUUUGCAUGCUUGGCCAUCUGUUCCAGGAAGGCAUCAUCUAUGUCCUCCGUUUGGCUUGGGGAUCUAUAGUAAACUCCCACAAUGAGGUCACUGUUAUUCUUCUCUCCCUUAAUUUUGACCCAAAUGCUCUCACUUUGGCUUUGAGGUUCUAAAUCUUGGAUCUCUUCACAGGUAUACACAUCCCUGACAUAUAACGCCACUCCUCCUCCUUUCUUGUCUGCUUCCUUUGCUGGUCUGACUCUGAGUACAAUUUAGAUCUUGUCUGCCCUAUUCUUUACCGUAAGCACUAGGCACUCUCUUCUUAUGUAUGGGCAUCCUUGGGAAAGUCCUGGAACUUCAUCAGUGAUUCAGCAGAUUCAUCAGUGUUCCUUCCCUCUAUUUCCUGUUAUGCCUGAUCUUUUGCCUUUCCUCAGUUUUCUUGCACUUAACAGUUCAGUGUGUUUUAAAGGACACAUGCUGUGUUGAAACAAACACAGGCCUUCCUCUUUUUUUUUUAAAGGCAGCAAUUUAAAAUAGCUGCGGCAGAAACAUGGCCGCAAAAACAGGAGAUACUGUGGCAGGAAGAAUGCAGACAGAGGCUAGAGAGCGAUGUUGGAGGAUGGGAAAGGAGGCUGGCUUGUAUUUUUAUCAGCAUUACCCUACCUUUUUCUGAAAUGUAUGUGUGUUGUUGCAGUGGGGGAAAUGAUGGGCAGAGCAGAAGAGGUAAAGUCAAAAUCAGAAGGAGCGCAGUGGCCGCUGUGAAGCUAGCAGGCUGUCAAGAUUUGGGAGGGGGGCUGGGUGCUGGCUGCCCUCCCACCCAUUUUCCCCCUCCCCCAAUUUUUUAUAAAUGUACCUGAAUUUUGCAGACUCACAUGCAAAUGCUAGACUUUGUGCUUAGUCUCUUCAUACACUACCAAAGUAAAACAUGUAAUUAGGUCUCAAUGUAAUUUCUGUUUCAGUAAAACAAGUCUUUGCAAGCUUUAUAUCAACAUACGGCGCAGUAUGUUUUACGCACAGUACUAUUAUAAACCCGUGGCCUAUAAUUCUGUAAUCUUGUGCGCGCCGCCUGGAAUUAGUGUUAGUAAAUAUAACAGAUAAUAGACAAAUAUCACUUCCUUAGUAUAUUGUGUGUAUGUGUUUAAAUUUUAAUUGUCUGCUACUAUUUCAAGAUACAGGAACUGAAGGGAAAUAGGUUACUGGUUUUUUACUUAUUGCGCCGUUGAAUUAAGUGCAAGACUUUGAUUUCCCUUGGAAUUUAUCCAUGUAAUUUCAUGAAGGAGAUUUUACGGCAUCACUUUUUUCUCCUCCUCCCCACAAAGGAAGAUCACACGCUUUCAAUCUGCUUGCCCUUUUAUUUUGGUUAAAAGGAAGAACAAAGAACGAAGCCACAAAAGUCAGCUGCUGUGUGAACACAGUGUGCAUUUCCUCUGACACGCAGUCUCACAAAACAGCUACUUUCUGCAGAGAGAAAAUUCCAAGGAAGUCAAAGAAAGCAGUGCCAUGUUAUUUACAUAGUUCUCCUGUGCGGAAGACUCAAGUGCCUUGUUCCUUAGAAGCUAAAACUCACCUUUCCCAUAUUCAUCCCCAUUUCCCAGUCCUGUCUCCUUUAAAAAACAAAAACAAAAAAACCCCAACCAAUGUUUAAAUUAAUUAAUUUUAUAAGAAAGUGCAGGGGGUUCUAUUUGAGACCCUUGCCCAAGCUUAAUUAUAUCACUCCUGUUGUGGCCUUCAUCAACAUGGUACCCUCCAAAUGUUAUAUACUACAAUUCCUAUUAGCCACAGCAACAAGAGUUGCUGUUCAAAACACCUGGAAGGCACCAGGUGGAUAAGGGCUGCCCUGUUGGGCUCAGUAAACCCCGUAUCUGACUAUUGUCCACUUCCUGUGCUCAGGUGCACUAGGAGUAAGGUUGGCCGAAAUAGGCGCUCCUGGUCAUAAAUUACAAAUUGGCAGCUGCAGUUUCGUUCAGAAGCUUUUGCCAUUAGCUGAGCAAUCAAUACCAGCCAGACAUUCAAAGCAAUUGCAGGAACUUCCAGGAGCUUCCUGGCAAUGCUCUGCAGCAAUGAAGUUGUCAGUGAUAACAGAAAACAGUUUGAUGUGAAACUUUUAUCGAGCUGAGCCCUCCAGAACUGUCAAAGCUGUGUUUUAAUCAGAGACUGUGCUGUUCUGCUUCGUUUGCAUGUCUACAGGUACUUUCUAAUUGUUGUGGGUGUUGCCUGGGGUCCAGAAAGGCUAGCCCAAACUAUGAAAGAGUUUUCUUUUUCUAAAGAGGGGUGGUGAAAGAGACUGGUGUGCUUCAUCAUAUAUACAGCAUGCCUUGUAGAGAUAGGGAUCGUGUAGCCCUCCAAGAUGCUGUUGAACUACAACUCACAUCAUUCUCGACCUCUGGCCAUACUGGAUGGGGCUGAAAGGAGUUGGAGUCCAACAACAUCUGGAGGGCCACAGAUUCCCCAUUCCUGCCUUAAUAUGUAUUUCAUGUACGCACAGCAAAAAGACAGCUUCAAGUAAAGGGUCACUUAUGUUUGGAAGCAUGGGACGUGGGUGGCGCUGUGGGUUAAACCACAGAGCCUAGAGCUAGCCGAUCAGAAGGUUGGCGGUUCGAAUCCCUGCAACGGGGUGAGCUACCAUUGCUUGGUCCCUGCUCCUGCCAACCUAGCAGUUCAAAAGCACGUCAAAGUGCAAGUAGAUAAAUAGGUACUGCUCCGUCGGGAAGGUAAACGGCGUUUCCGUGCGCUGCUCUGGUUCGCCAGAAGCGGCUUAGUCAUGCAGGCCACAUGACCCAGAAGCUGUACGCCGGCUCCCAUGACCAGUAAAGCAAGAUGAGCGCCGCAACCCCAGAGUCAUCCGCGACUGGACCUUUUGGUCAGGGGUCCCUUUACCUUUAUGUAUGGAGAUAAAUCAACAAAUCUUUAAAAACAUUUGUGACAGACCUAGUGAAAACAUCACUAGAUGUAAGGCCAAGGUAUCUCAAGGUUUUUCCACCUAUAUACAUUUAUAUCCAUGAAAGAGCCUUCAGUAUACUUUGUUUAAAGCAGCCUGCCACCCUCCAGAUAUUUUGGACCAUAAAUCCCAUCAUGGGCUGAUGGGCCUCAAGGACCACCCGCUCUAGGAAAACACAUUUGUAAUAAUAAAAAAAUACAAUUAAAAAUUAAAACAUUUAUUACUUUGUAAAGAGUUUACAUGCCCAAAUGGCCUCUAUGUAGUUUACAAGUAUAAAAUCAAUUAUAAAAUCCAUACGUAGUUAAAAUGCACAAUAAAACAAUUCCAUCAAAACAUUCAAACCAUUCAUAAUUGAAAUUUACAAGAAAACAAGGCCAUCAAAAAGCAUAACAAUUAAAACAAUUAAAAGAUCAGUUAAAACAAUCGGAUCAGGAAGUUUGAGUUCAGGGGAAUGCUUGCCUAAACAGCUGUGUCUUCAAGAGCCGGUGGAAUGCCAGUACUGAUGGUGCCUCUCGCAUUUCCGCAGGGAGCCCAGGUGGUGGUGCCCUCAGUGUUGGCUGAAUCUAUGAUAGGUGGCAACACCUGUAAUAGGCAACAACAUAUGUUGGCAGUCCAAGUGUAGAAAGCACUUUCUACACAGAUCCAACCUAUAUUGACCUUGGACAUGGAGUUGGGCAGCUUUGGCCUCACUGACUGCUGUCUUUUAUUAUGGCAUUUAUACUUCCUGGUUUUUUGUAAUCUAUGUUACUGCAUAUUACACUGUAACCCACUCUGGAGUUAUAUUUUUAAAUGAAGAGUAGGCUAUAAUAGUUUUGGCAAAUGGCCAUUCCUCGUUGGUAGGACAUGUGCUUUACUUGCACACAAGGGGCCAGAUUUGUACCUGAAGAGCCCUGUCGGUGGAAGCACUGCUCUAGGACUUCUGCUUGUGCAACGGCCUUCCCCGCUCUCCUACCCCCGUGCAUCCCUGAAAGUGACUAGGGGUGGGUGGGUCAAGAGACACCCCACCCCCCAGAACAGCGCACAGGGGAGGAAAGUGGGAGAUCAUUCCAUCUGGCAAACUGAAAAGCUUACACAGGUGGAACGUUCAUAAUAGUGAGACUGAAUUCCACCCAAGGUCCUGGGAUCAUCCUUGCCUUCUCCAGACAAAGGAGCUCAGUUAUCAAAAGUAGUACAGCCCCCUGCCUGAGUCAUGGGAGAGGCAAGAGCCAGUUGCCAAGAGUGUCCAAGCAGGGUUUCCACGCUCUCUUCUGUACAGUUGGCUAAUAGUAGGCUGUGGGCCCAGUGAGGAAUUGCUAGUGAACUGUGAAGAUGUUUGGGAUAUUGGGGAGUUGGGGAGAAGGGGAAGAGAAACUAGGCUGUGGCCUGGCAAGCCAUGGUUUGCAUGAUUGGCUGGGAGAUGACUUGAGCUUUAACCAUGGUUUAUCAACCAAACAAUGGUUAACUGUGAUUUAGUGUUGCAUGCAAGCAAGGCUGCUGCCAGUUAGAGUGGAUAGUUCUGGGCUUUAGGGACCAGCUUUAGUAAACCAGCUUCAUCCAUUUGUCUGUGCAGGCUGAGAACAGCCCAGUGGUUCCAAUUCUGUAUUUAAAAAAUAGUUCGCAAGUUUUAAAAAACCACACAAACCUCUCUCAACUUUUUAAUGAUACACUUGGGGUUUAUUUGUUUCUUGACUCACUUUGCAUUGUUUCUGAAUCCAUAAAUUGAAUGUGCCAGUGGAUUUUAUAUGUUCCCUUCCCUAAGGAUGUUUUGGAGAUAAUUAUACUCUGGUCCCGAACUCCAAGCAUUAUUAACUAUUGUGACAGGAGCACAAGACCAGAAUGAACAGUGUGGCAAUUAUGCCGUAGCCCAAAACAGUGUACCUUGGGAAAUGUAGAGGACUGCUAGGCCCCAAAUCUGCUACUUGUGCUAGUUGGUCUCUCAGGUAUGGGGAAUCUUUUUCAGACCAAAGGCCACAAUCCCAUCCGAACAGCUUUCCAUUGCUGCAUGCCCUUGUGGGCAGGGCCAAAGAUGAAAGUGGUUGGAGAAAUGAAUGCAAAUUCUUUCCACACCCACCCUACUGUCUUCCACCCUGGCAGCCAAGAGGCAUUAUCAGAGGUCAAGGACACACUUCCACCAGGCAAAAGUGCUUGUGGAAGUGGGGGGGGGGGAGGGGUGUGGCCUGGGAAGAGUUGAGAGGGCUGCUUAGGCAUUUAGCCUAAGCUACCUGCCCCUUGCCCUACCUGUAACACAUUCUGCCCUCUUCCAGAGGAAGGAGCCUGGAAUCUAGACUCCAUGAAUCCCUAGUGUACCUUUACUUUGGAUUCUGAUUUUAAGCUGCUUUGAAAGUCUGUUUUGGUUGAAAAGCAGGGGCACCAAGGCAAAUGAGGAAAGCUACAAAAUGACGAAAGGGUCUGUUCACUACACCAAGGCUUGUGUUUUAUUCAGGAGAACUUCAGGCAGAUGAAUGAACUAAGCCGGAUCAUUAUUUUUAUGCAAAUGUAUGGAGCAACUUAGCACACAGAUUCAUGGCAUGAUGACCGGUCAAAUGCAAAUUUCCACUUAGGUUGUGCGCUCAGGUUGUCCUGCUGUAAGGAACGCAGAUGGAUCUGCUCCAUGAGCCACCAUUUUGUACCCAGCUCCCAUAUGUACUUGAAGGAGGGGCAAAGCAGGGAAAUGCUCCAAGGUCCAUCUAACAAGGCUGAGAUCCCCCGACUUGUUGGUACAUAUUGCCUAAUAUCGGUGGGCAGCGUGGCACACGUCCAACCUCACCUUUGACCUUCAGGGCAGUGGCUUUCUGAAGCCUAUUCCCAGAAUUCCAAGCAGGUAAGAUGGAGGGCUUCAGUGCUGCCUUAGCCGAGGACUCUUAAUUUGUGACAGGCAAGAGCUCUGAGUGGAAGGGAGGAUGGCUCAGUCUCAAACACCCUCUGCCGCCUUUGCCACCAGGCAGAUGAGCUGCAGCAGUUCCUUGACUGAGGGUUAUAAAUUGUGAGGGAUAAGUAGCUGCAGCAGCCUUGAGAGGGAAAUGAGUGGACCUUUAGUAAACGAAAAGUGUUCCUGUAAGCAUGAAGUACAUUCCUAUUUAGAGCAGGGUUCCCAUGACCUUUAGUCCAUCUUUAAAGCUCAGAGGUAAAUAAAUAAUAGAUCUGAAUUGGGUCCUGUCCGCACUGAGAAUGAAUGACUUUUGUUCACAGGGUUGAAAAUUGUAUUUCAGAAUUGCUGCUGUAUUGGGUUUUGGUUUUUUAUCAGGGUGGUUGAGAACUAUUGACAAAUUUGAUGGAUAUAAGAGAAGACUGGUUCAUUUUCUUGCUUUUCCUUUUACCUCUUCAGGCCUAGAGGGGUAUAUAACUGGCACCCCCAAGAGAUGAGCCUGCAUUUAACGGUGAUGGUUUGGGGAAAUAGGUUACCUCCUCCAAGCCUCUUAAAUAAAGAACAGUUUUUCCUCCUGCUAGAGCUAUCUUUGGAGCAAGAUUGAUCAGGGCUCAGUUCUGGCAUUUGAUUUUAACAGGCUUAACAUUGGAACAUAUGGAGGAAGAAAUGAUGGGAGGGUUCCUGAGCAGGUGCAGAGUGCAUUUUGCUGUGAAAUCUGCUAGUGUGUUUGUACACACACAUGUGUGUGAACACACAUAUUCAAGAAAAAGCUAAUUUUGUAGAAUUAUUAAUAAUACUACUCUUGGUAUCUUUACAGCAGAAAACAGCAUGCACUGAGAGAGACAGGAUCGCACUGUGCUUACUUUGCUUAUUGGGAGGAGGGGGAAUGAAGGGGAUUUAGGAACAAUCAAUACUAAGGUUCUUGCUCCAGAGAGCUGGCAAUAAGCACACUAGUUGCAAUGGCAACAUUUACUUAUAAAAGAAUAAAAGGUUUAAAUGUCACAACAUGCCAAUAAACACUGAUUUAAAAGCAAUAAAAUGGCUUUGUAGCUUAAAAUGCAACUUUACAGAGGCGUGGGGCAGGGAGGUGCAGUGCCACAUUGCACAGGCUAAUUUACCUGCAUGUUGCUUGGAGCAUGUCCAUAGUUACUUAUGCAUAGAUGGAGGGAAGAGGCUUGAGUUGGGUAGUUGCCCAAUACAGGAUUGUAAGGUGGAAUCUUAGGAAUCCAGUUUUGUGAUCUCUAAGAUCUGGAAGAUCACAUGCAAAGUAGCAGUUUUCCCCAUCUCACAAGAUUCAGAGGUGAGUGAGAUCAUGGACAUGCCAGACAGAGAGAGAUACGUAAAAGGGGAAUGAGACACAGCUGUUAGGAAGGGAUGAAAUGGCAGUGCUGAACUCAGGCUUCCAGAGUGUUUGCUGUGACAGGUGGGGAUAUGGUUGCAGCUUUAUAUUAGAUUCUUGGUAGAUGUGGUUAGUUGGUAAAAAGUCAUCCUCUUGUCAAAUAUGGCAAGCAGUUUUAACGGCAGUGGCUCAUCAUCUGGCUUCAGGGCGAACACCCCUCUGCACAACCAUUGAUUCCCUGCAGUUUUGUGAAUGCACUUGGUUUAAAAAUAGAGGGGGGUGGGAAUCUUCCUCUUUUGGAAAGACUCUGGUGAGUGCCUUUCUGCUGAGGAGUUCUGACAACUUCCAUUGCAAAAUAACACACAUAGUUCAAAGCCAAGGAAAAUGUGAAAGGGUGAGUAUAGAGGAGGAAAGGAGGGAGUCUGGCUGAGAUAAAGCCAUCUCCUGCAGCUGUCUACAGAAGUAGGGCAUCUGAAAAUCCGUGGCAUGGAACAACCUGCAAGGUCACUUCCAGACAACCUAUUUACUGAGCAUUCAUCCCGAUUUGUUUGCACAAAGUUCAUAGGGAGGUUUAUUCAGCAUUCAUUGUGUUUUGUUUGUGGGGACAUAUACAAUGUUGCUUUAAGCAAAUGUUAUCACACAUUUUGGGGUGCAUUUCUUUUUUACUACAAAAAGUCCAGUUUUGGGGAAAGGGGAGUUUGUUGCACAAGAGUGCCAAAUUCCCUUUAUUUGCACAAUUUGAAUUAUACCAGUAUGCAGUUGAGUCUCGCAUGCAAACCCUUGUGUUAUAAAAAGAUGACUAAAACUAAGGUGCAGUGCAUACCCGUUUAUAGGAAAUGCUGUAUCAUGUAACCUCACCUUGAUUCUGAAAGGGCUUUUUCACAAAGGGUCUGGGCUUGGAGCAGAGUGUCGCCACAUAACAAAAGACAUAGUGUGUUCCUGGGACAUCCUGAGCCAUGCAAGUAAAUAUGUCUUACUUUAAAUAUUGUGAGGAUCCUAUGCCCUUUUAAAAUGUGGUUUUUGGGGGUUGGGAGUUAUUGGGUUGUUUUUACUUUAAGGUUUUAUAUUUAUAUUUUAUUCUCUGAACACCCCAGAGACUGGGUAUAGGGUGGUAUAUAAAUUCAAUAAAUAAUAAAAUCUCAUGUCACCGGUUUAAAGGUAAGUCACAGGAGCAUUUCCACCCCUCAGAUCUUACUCUUACCGGUUCAGAUUGAUUGCAUUUUUAUUCCACCUUAUUCUACCUCUCCUCAUUUAAUCCCCACAACAAUGCUGUGAGGUAGGUUAGGCUGAGAGGCAGUGACUGGCCCAAGGUCAAGUGGGGAUUUGAGACAGUUUAACUUCCGGUGAUUGGUUUUAAUGCUGCUUUUGCACCUAUAUUGUUUUCUUUGUUUUUCAUAUUGCAUUGUUGCUGUAAGCUGCCCUAGAGAAAGACUUUUUCUUUCUUUUGAAGGACGAUACACAAAUAUUUAGAAUGAAUACAUAAAUAUGAAAAAGCGGUGUUUUCGUAAUAUCUGCUGCUUAGGUGAAAUUAAAAUGCAAAAGCAUUGAGGAGCGAAUGCAUUCCUAGAAAGAAAUAAGCAAUAAAUAACCUGGUGGCCUCAACAGAUGCAGGUGAUGCUUGCAGCAUUUUAAGAGAACAGGAGUUACAAUGGUACCUCAGGUUACAGACUCCGCUAACCCAGAAAUAGUACCUCGGGUUAAGAACUUUACUUCAGGAUAAGAACAGAAAUCGCGUGGUGGCAGCGCGACAGCAGAGGGAGGCCCCAUUAGCUAAAGUGGUACCUCAGGUUAAGAACAGUUUCAGGUUAAGAACUGACCUCCAGAACGAAUUAAGUUCUUAACCUGAGGUACCACUGUAUAGGAAUCACCCCCCCCUCUCCCACCCCCAUCCCAAAUUUUGCUAUUAAAAAUGAGAUUGCACUUUUCUCUAUUUUUGGGGAAAUACUUCCUCUUAAAUCAUUUGUAACUACUCCAUGAACCGCUGGCAGUUGUGUUGUUUUUGCUUGCUCCUAAAGUAUAUAGUCCUUCCUCAACCAGGCGUUUCUCUGCAGAAGCUUUUUUACAUAGAAGUUAAUGAGAGCUAAGUGAGAUCACAGCGGAGUUUCUUACCUAAAAGAGGAAAAACUCUUUUUCAGCUCCAAUUUAUGUUUUCCAGUAGAUUUUGCUUCAAAUCUGUGAUUUAAAAGACCACCCUAAACGCUUGGAAGUGAGCACUGCUUGUUCCAGUGGAGCUUACGUCUAAGGAAGCGUUUCUAAUGAUUGCUGCCUUUGUCGCAAUUCCAUGUUUUCCUUAGACUUCAAAGAAGCUCAGCGGAAUCUAAAAUUUGCUGAUUUCAAAACAGCCAUGGUGACAGUUUGCAUCAUAGUUUCAUGUUCUUUCCAAUACAGGACGAUCUCAGCAAAGACUCACCACCAAGCCAUCGACUUCAACAUAUUUGAAGGCAUGGUCUGCCAUGGGGUAGCAGUGGUGACCAUUUCGCGAGGCAAAGUGGUUUACCAAAACGGCGUGUUCCACGUUGCAGCAGGAGACGGGAGAUACGUUCCCCGUGAGCCAUUCCCUGAAUAUGUCUACAAACGGAUCAGGCAGCGGGAUCAGGUGUGUAUGAUGAUAGUAAUUCUGUAAGCCUUUAUGCAUAAUAUGAUUUUAGGAAUCUCUCUCCUUUGACUAAAAGUACAGCUCCAUCACCAGGAGGGCCCUGCUGCCACUCUGGUGCUGAUAAAGAUGCAUAGGUUUAAAAACAUAGAAUUUCUUACUGUGGUAUCUCAGCAGGCCUCUGUUCUUAACUAAGCAGGCCUCUGUUCUUAAGCAUGUUUUUGAGGACAGUAAUAUCAAGUCAUAAUGAGGAGUGUGGCUUAAUGAAUGGAGGGCUUGUAGUGCACAUAAUGGUGUGGGAAAGGGAGAAGAAACAUGUGGCAAGGGAACAUGUACAGGAAUCAUCAUGAGGCCAUAUGAGCUGAGAUCUUGUACAUAAAUCUAGUGCAGCCGUAACUUUGGCUGCAUGACAACAGAUCUCUUUUUUUCUUUUAAUUUUAAAAUAACCUUUAUUAUACAACAAUUUACAUAUAACUUAAACAGUGCAAUACAACACAUACAAUCUCUCAUUUAACAUAACACGCUUUUUUGACUUCCGAUUCACCUCAUUGUACGCAUUUCAUUAUUAUUUUAUUUUUCCAUUAUUUAGCAUGAAAGUAUUUGCUAUAUAAUUUCUCUGUGUUUCAAGAUUCAGUCUAGGUAUUUCAGGAGAUUUGCAUUAUCACAAUAAUUUUUAAGGUAUUCUUUAAAUAUUAUCCAAUCUUUAAUAACUUUCUGCUUUGAGUUUCCUCUUAAUUCUCCCAGUCAUUUUUGCAAGUUGUAAAUACUCUAUCAUUUUCUCUUGCCAGUCCAUUUUUGUGGGGAUACUUCGCCUUUCCAAUAAUUUGCUAUUAAGAUCCUAGCCACUGCAGUUGCUUACAUAAAAAGGGGUCUGAUAUUUUUAAAAAUUUCCAUGGACAUAAUACCUAACAGAAAGGCUUCAGGGUUUUUUUUAAAGUGAGAAUUUGAAAAUCUUUUUGAGUUUGUUAUAUGUAGUAUCCCACAAUUCUCUUAUCCUCUUACAAUCCCACCACAUGUGCAUAAAGGUACCUACCCCAUUUUUACAUCUCCAACAGACAUCUGAACUUUUCUUAUACAACUUGGCCAUAGUGAGGUACCAUCUGUAUAACAUCUUCAUCCGUUUUCUCUAAAAUUGUAACAUGCGGUGAACCUUAUGUCUUCCCUCCAAAGCCUUUCCCAUUCAAUCAUAUACAGGUGAAACUCGGAAAAUUAGAAUAUCGUGGAAAAGUUCAUUUAUUUCAGUAAUUCAACUUAAAAGGUGAAACUAAUAUAUGAGAUAGACUCAUGACAUGCAAAGUGAGAUAUGUCAAUCUCGUUUCUGAUGAGAGCAGCUUUUGCAUCUCGUUUGGAAACCAAGGACCCAGAGACUGGAGGAAGAAUGGGGAGGCACACAAUGCCAGAUGCCUGAAGUCCAAUGUGAAAUUUCCACAGUCUGUGUUGAUUUGGGGAGCCAUGUCAUCAGCUGGUGUUGGUCCACUGUGCUUCAUUAAGUCCAGGGUCAACACAGCCGUCUACCAGGAGAUUUUGGAGCACUUCGUGCUUUCUUCCUUUUCCACGAUAUUCUAUUUUUCCGAGUUUCACCUGUAUAUAUUAUGUCCGGUAUCUUGAGCCCAGCGUACCAUAACCAAUUUCACCUCCUCCUCCUUGACUUCCCAGUUGUACAUCUUUGAUAAAUUUGGGCUGAAUUAAGUUCUCUUCUAACUUAGAUGUUUCUUCAGCGAACCCUUUUUGUUUAUUCAUGCCUAAUCUUUCAAUAAUUUGGAAGCACUGAAGCCAAUCAAAUAUAUACAAAAUUCUUCAAAGUGCUUUAAUUUCAAUUUGUUACUUUUCUCUUGUAAUAGUUCUCUUGUAAUAGCAUUUUGUACGUUGCCCAGUUUCCCUUCAUAUUUUUCUUCUUUACAGCUAAAGCUUCUAUGGGUGAGGUCCACCAGGGGAUUUUAGGUUCUAAUAGUCCUCUAUAUUUACUCCAUAUUUUAUAUAAAGAUUUUCUUAUUAUGUGGUUUAGAAACCCUUUUGGACUUUCACCUUAUCAUAGGCUAUAGGCAUGCCAACCAUAGUGGUUGUCAAAACCCUCUAUAUCCAGCAAGUCUGUAUCUUUUAGUAUCAUCCAUUCGUGGAUGCAGGUCAGACCUGUUGCCCCAUGGUAGUUUGAGGUCCGGUAGGGCAAAACCUCCUCUAUCCUUCCAGUCUAUGAGCAAUUUGUUGUAUUCUAUGUCUCUUCCCCAUUCCAAAGGAACCUUGAAAUGUCUCUCUGCCAGCUUUAAAAACAAUCCAUUCCCCUUAAAACCGGAAUGGUUUGAAAUAAAAAGACAACAGGACAACAGAUCUCAAUGCGGCCAGGAAGUCUCAAGCAAUGGGACACGGGAUGCAUUAAGACUGCUGGAAAGAGGGUAGAUUUUUGCUGUUCAAUGCAGUCAAAUCUUGAAAAUCUUAUCUGUCUCCCCUCAAAGCUCUCAGGUCCAAGCUUUGACAAGUCUCCAGGAGAGGGACAUUCCAAGUAAACACCCCAUGAAGGUGGACUUUGCAAGCAUGGGAAUUCCACCCAUGGGUUUUGAACUGCUGUUGAAAAUAAAGCCUGCAGCCCUGAAAAUGGCAGUGUGCAAUUUUGAUUUUGACAAGUUUCUUGCAGUGGGAGGUGGGGGUGGGCAGGGAAGGUGAACAUGAAAGAAAUAAAAACGAAACAUGUCGUUGCAGGUUUGCCAGCCUGUUCCUGUCCAGCGAGCACCAUAUGUGGGCAAAGUGAUUGCAGUUGCUGCUGAGGGAAAAUAAUUCCCACAAUACAGUUCAUCUUUGACAUGUGAGUGUCUCAUUUGGUCAUUGGAAACUGACUGGUCCCAAAGCAGUUCUGGCCACACGCAAAUAACCUGGGGGAUGAAAGUGCACACCAAGGCCCUUGCCUUCACUGCAUUCCCAUCCCGCACAUGAAAAGUAUUGUUCUGGGGGUGGGAGGGGUCAGUCUGGGUUAUAUCCAUGAGUGUCUUUCAGGUCUGUGAUUCUGCACCAAGGAGGUUUAGAAUCUAGUAGAAGCUGCCAUGAAGACAGCUAUACUGCAGAGGAGUGACAAAACAAUGGGUGCAAUUCAACAAAGCCUUAAGUGAUUUACCCCUUUCCUCCCUUGCGCCCCCUAGGGGUUCCCACAACCCUCCAGAGGGAGAUUUAGAUGGAACUGUGCCUUCGUGUGAAAAGAGCUCAUUCCACUUGUGCAACAAUUUAGGGACACAUCCACAGCUGUUUUUUUUGUUUGUCCCGCAAUUUCUAGUCACAGGUCCAAGAAGGGUUUUAUUUUUGUCCCACUGCUUCACCUGAUAAAAACCUGUUUACUGCAACAUCAGAGCAAAUUCCAAUCUGCAGAAAACCCUAUUGACAAUUGUUCCAACUCCACUGUAAAGAGGUCUUCCCAAGGAAAGUGGCAGGACCAAAAAACAAAACCCCAAACCCCACCUCUUGGACUCAUGACUAGAAAUCAUGGGGAAACUGUAGCUGCACACUUUGUUGAAUCCCACCCGUUAGUAAUUCUUAUUAGCUCUUAAUUCUUAUUGCCUCUCUUGGUGACAGAAGUAAGAGACACCUUCCUUUGGAAGGAUUACAUCAUGUUUUCUUCCUCUUGUAUCUCUAGGUCAAAAAACCAGAUGAAAAUAAUUCUGUUCGCCCUGCUUCUGCAACCUACUCUGGAGCCCUAUUAGUCUGCAAUUUUGAUUUCUGUAUGAUGCAUCAGCAUUUUAUCUCAAUUCAUAAAUGACUAUUUUCCUCUACAAUUUUUACAGACAUUUAUAUUUAGAUAAAUAAGUGCAUUUAUAUUACCAUGCAAACCUUUUCUGAGGUCCAUUGUGAUUUUCUAUGAGGACACGGAGGAGGUGGGCUUCCCAUGCCCCAGUCCCAUCUCUGUAUUAUGUAGUAAUCCUCACGAUUAAGUGGAAAGCAGUCAGCCUUGCACCAGUCAUCACGGAACUCUCCUACUGUGAUAAAAGCUAUUACCACAAUUGUAUGUGGAUAGUCACAUGCUUCCCGUUUGUAGGUAGAUUACUGGCACUGUGAUUCUUUUUGUUUUGGGUUGGAAUCACUGGCACAACACCAUCGGAGCUCAUCUGAGGCUGAUCUAACUUGCAAAAAAAAAUAUCAAUCUAUUAGUACACAUGCCCUGGCUAUCACUUCAAAUUAACAUAAUCAAGCAAUUGCUUGAUUCAAUACAAAUAAGCUUCAUAAUGGCUAAUAACUCCCAAUUCUAUAAUCCUGCAGCUAGACAUACCUGGGAUUCAACACAGGCCACAUUAUACACUGUACCACUAAGGGAUUAUCUACUCUGUUGUCCCACCUAUGGAGAUGAAUACUCAGCUCCCCCCUACUACUGUCCUAGUGUCUCAAUCUUGGUGCCCAUGAACACUCCACCCUCCUAUCUGCAAAAUUUACCAGUGGUAGAAAUUAACGCUACCACCAUAGAAAUGAACAGUUCAACCAUGGUCAUGGCAAAACGCAAGUCUGGAGCAGUUUCUCUGGGGAAAUGAGUUACUCACAGUCUUUGGAUUUUGUAGCAAAGCAAAGGAGAAAAAUAAACAAGCAACCCUCCAGGCAUUCUGCACAUUACAUAUAGGUCAUACUUCAGGAGUGUCAGUGUUCCGGACCUUGCCAGUUUUGAUUGCCAUCCCAAGACAACUGGGUCAGGUCUUCAUUAAUUUUUCAAACUGCAGCUGAUCUGAUUUAGGGGAUUUUUCCCCACAUCAAAUUCAACAUCUCAUUCCCUUAUAAAAAAAGAGGAAGGAGAGGAAGUCCUGCAUUUUUAGAAUCUGGGUGGAAUGGGUGAGUCAGAGGGGCCUCUGUAUAGGCAGUGUCACUGGUGUACACAAGGAUGGAGUGAGUUUGUGUGUGUGGAAUGAGGUCACAGCACCACUAGAAGCAACAUUAGGAAAGAAACCCAGUAAUCCUAAUUGGUUCUGAAUAACUAAAACCCUUCGUUUCAAAUUUGCAUCGUUCAUGUUGAGUCGAAAGCUAGAGUUCUUUCAUCUGUGAAAAAUAAAACAUGAAGUGGAAGGUGGCUGGAGGGACUGAUGACACUUGGGUGAUGAUAGAUAUAUAGUGCCAGGCGGGGGGGGGGAGCAAAUCCACCCACAGAAAAGAACAUUGGCAAAGAUCAGACAAAGGCAGCAGAAAAGAAAAGAGAAAGAAAGCAAAGAAUUCUGAGCUCUCCUACUAGAAGAUGCAAGGGAGGAGGCAGGUACAGAAAGAAAUAUGUGAAUUAUGCAGUGGUAUCACUUAGGGUGUCAGACCGACAAGUCUGUACAGCUUGAUGACUUCAAAGCUGAAUGACAAGGUGAGAGUCAGAGGUGAAAAGUGAAUGAAUGUAAGAAAAAUCAAAUGCAUCAGACCGUUUAUUCACUUGUAAAACCAUGGAUUUCUUCAUAGAGAUUUUCUUUGCGUCGUUAAACGCUGCCGACUUUUGCCACCUCUGUUUGUUUCUUCCUGGAACUCCUCAUUGCCCGGAGGAUUGGGAACCAGAAAUGUAACUGAGGAGGAGAGGAAAUAUAGUUAUAUUUACAAGUGAGUGCCUACAAUGAAUUUGCAGGUGCCCUCUCUACCAUCUUUCUCUGUCUAGAACAAUUUAUGUUUCUUCUUUCCUCUCUGAAGAAGUGGGGGGCGGGCAAGUGGCUUAGCACCCUUCUCAGACAAGAUGGUAGCUAAACAUCCACUCCCCUUCAUCCAAAUGGAGUUUGGUGUAUAUAUAGUUGACUCAUAACUUGCACACAUUUAUGGGACGCGGGUGGCGCUGUGGGUUAAACCACAGAGCCUAGGACUUGCCAAUCAGAAGGUCGGCGGUUCAAAUCGCCGCGACGGGGUGAGCUCCCGUUGCUCGGUCCCUGCUCCUGCCAACCUAGCAGUUUGAAAGCACGUCAAAGUGCAAGUAGAUAAAUAGGUACCGCUCCAGCGGGAAGGUAAACGGCAUUUCCAUGCACUGCUCUGGUUCGCCAGAAGCGGCUUAGUCAUGCUGGCCACAUGACCCGGAAGCUGUAUGCCUGCUCCCUCAGCCAAUAAAGCAAGAUGUGCGCCGCAACCCCAGAGUCGGCCACAACUGGACCUAAUGGUCAGGGGUCCCUUUACCUUUAACUUGUGUGAUUGCAACUUUAUGCACUUGGUGGCCAAUCACAAAAAUUAAACACACGCAAGUCUGACAACUUAAAAACUUCUUCCAUGCCAAGUUUUCCUGUGCAGAAAGAGCUUUUAAUUUCACAUAAUUUCUCUCGGAAGGUCUCACGAGAUCUUGCAGGGCUGUCAGAGAUCUUGCAGGAAUCUCCCAGAGCUAGCAUGAGAGACUUCCAGAACAAAGCCAUUCUGGGUACAAGCUUUCAUGUGGCCACUAAUUUGGAAAAGAAGCAGGAAGGGGAAAAAGCCCAAGAGAACAACCUACAGGCUUCUAGGGUUAGGAUCAAGCUUUAAGAUUUAGCUUCCAAGCUAGCCCCACAUUCCAUGCUGUUUGUAACUUACCGUUGCAAACAAAUUCAGCUUCCUCUUCUCAUUCCUCUCGGGGAGCUUUGAUCUUCUCUUUAAUAAUUUUGAGUGCAGAUACUUUAUCCGUUUCACGUCUGUGCUGGGAUAGAAUGAUGUUGCCACUAGGAUUUUAAGUUGCGUAAAUGUAGAGACGCACAGCCCAAGCACUGUUAAAAAGAAGAUGAUGACACCCAGUUGGAUCCAAGUUGCUGAGUGGGGAACAUUUGGUCUGGGAAUACAGGCAUGCUCAAAGAGAGGACUGCUGAAGGAAGUCUUAUUGUCCACAAUCUCCCCAUGGUUGAAUAUGAAUUUGUCGGAAUUUUUCUGCACAAGAGAAGU